AUGCCGGUCAGACAUCGACUGAGCCCGGUAGUACUCGGCCGUUUCCAUCUGCCCUCAGUUUUCCACACUUACGAGCGCUUUAAAAAUGGGUAAAUCACUAUUUAUUUACGUUUUUAUUUCGUCAUACAUGAAUUAAAUAUUGACAGCAUCUUCAAGUAUUGUUUUAAAUUAUUAUAUAGGGGUAAACGACGAAUAAAUUGGGGAGUCUGUUGACUCCAUUGUAUGUAUAGCCUUGUUAGCUCGAGGCUAUUGACUGUAUCGUAAUAAAGUCCACCCCCUCUUUGUCUCAAUAACAUCACUGAAUCUCUGCAGCUCUCCCUCCGUGUGUGUGUGUGUGUGUGUGUGUGUGUGUGUGUGUGUGUGUGUGUGUGUGUGUGUGUGUGUUCAUCGGUAAAAAAAAUAGACCGACAAGCAACACCGUCAAUCUUUUUCUAAUUUAUUGAAAUUUACUUUAUUUUGAAAAUUGACCGGAUUCUCUCGCAUCUCCUUCCUGACUUCCUGUCUGGUCCGAUCUGCUCUGUUGAGCUUUACAUCGGCGCGCGCGGCUCGCGCCAAAAAUAGAGAGAAGCGGAGCAGCCGCGCUCCAGAGCGCGAGCCGUUCCGCGCGCGGCGCUUCCGCGCGCGUGCUGUGUGAACAGUCUCAUAGGUUAACAUGGGCGCCGAUCUGAAACUCUGUGCGCGGCGCUUCCGUUCCGCGCGCGGCGCUUCCAGUGUGAACCAGACGUUAGAGCAAUCGCCACUGUCCCACCCGUGUAUCCAGCCUGCCUCUCAGUGUUCGUUUGUGAGUUCUUUUGUUACUUUCCAGAGAGUUUUUCCAAAGGGAAUUUUUUUGUUUGUUUUUUCAUCACCCCCUGCCAGUUUCAGGAGCAGGGGGUGUAUGUUUUGUCACGGGGUGUGUUGCUCUGCAUUUUGGGGCCAUUACUGAGCCUGCCUAGACGAUAACAAUAUGUGCAUGCUUGCUCGACUUUGCAGGCAUAUAAUAAUGCAUCGAUUUGGCCCAAGGUCACAAUGGACAAACCAGGGAUAGGGGGGAUCAAAUCGCCCACCUUCUAAUUGUUGGACGACUGCUUUAACUCCUGAGUUAGUGCCACUCCUUUUGUUCAUUUUUUAACGACGUCCUUUAAAUUUUGCCUUUUCUUGUUCAUUUGCAAAUGGUUGAUCAUGAUCUUUACUUGCAGUAGACCUUUUCGUUGCUUCAGGCUUCCGAAGCUUCAAGACAUAAAACACGUUUAAAUCUUAUUCAAAAACACACUGAUUCUUUCCUGCUGAGGAGGUCAUCUUUGUGAUACAGGAUCUUUGUUUCCCAGUAGCAGUUAGUAUGCGCAUGCGCAGCCUCAUCCUCGGUUCCCCUUGCCGGAGCGCUGAGAGUAACCUGCCCGGUGAUCGCCACUGCCGUUCCCGCUGCUGUUGUACAUGCUGUCGCUUCCUUGGCUCCACGUUGUGAGCUUCUGUCCGACACCAAAACUUGGAAUUUAUUUCCGUUGUAGGACACAAAAACUACAUCAACAAAGAGUUUACGGAGAAGCCAUCAAUCUCCCCUCGUCUCCCGGUCCUCCUGCCGGUGCUGAGCGGACCGUCCGUGAAGGUAAAAGUCCGCUCUUGGUGACAGUUUUCGGCGCUGUAAGGGAUGAAGGGCUGCUGCGUCCCAGGGCAGCUCGGUUCACUCCAUGCUGUUUUUACAUUUCAGGAGUUUUCUGUGUUGAACUUGUAAAUUUAUGACCCCGUUUGCUUUCUAUCGGCGGUUUGAACGACAACUUUUCCUCCGGGAUGUCCGUUAACUGUUUACCGUCCGAGAGAGGCUCGUCUCCGGACAUUUCGAGGAAAUACGCUUUUUCUCGCUUUAGUUUGCCUGAAGUGACAUGAUUCGGAAACUAGAAAACCGUUUAACACAGGUAUUUAAAGUUUUUACCUGUUACUUAAUGAAUCCCUGUCGUUUUUAUUGGAAGUUUUAUUCAAAAAUCACCCGAUUGUGUGACGCACAGGUAGGCCCACAGACUCCUGAUACACCUGCACAUUGAAUGAUUGAUCACAGAUUAAGUUCCCUCUUCAAUAGGAUCAAUACUUUACUUCCUUGCCAGGGCUGAGGUCAAGUUUCUUGCAGGCUUUUAAAGUGACAAUACCGGCAAAAAUCCAUAGAUAGUCGUUGAAUGGUAUGGGUAGGCUGCAGUUGAUAUAAAUGAGUUUUGCAAUUUGUAUUCUUUUUUAUUUAAAGUUUAUAAUUUAUGAAACUAUGCAAAAUACUGGAGCGUGCAUACUUGAGUGAUGGUUUUUGUUCCUUUGCAAACUCAUGGACUGUGUCUGUCACCCUAAAGUCUUCAGAGUCUCUGAUUUAUGUCCACUUUCUUAAGCACUGAGUGAAUCACUGAUGUUGACAAUAGUCUAGUGGUCUAAAGAAUCAUGCAUGUUUUCUGCAGAAGGCCUGAGCAGACAUGUAUGCAUGCAUUUUAUUUCCUCUGUUCUCCUCUUGGUGAGGAGUUUUCUUUGAAUGGUUUUCCUCACACUGUAAACCUCAGAUUAGUUUUUGUAGGUUUUGUUGCAGCAGUGUUGUUUGCAGCACAAUAGCUGACAUUAUUGAGCUGGAGGUAAAAAAAAUGUAGUUGUGAUGUUUGAAAAGAUCAAUUGUGUGAACGUGCAGCAGAAAGAUGUAAGAACUGCGUCAUUUUUUCCUGAAUCGUGCAGGCUUGAUUGAAGCCAGUUAUUGAUCGUUAGUUUGACACUGGAUGCUGGGAUUGCUGCUGAAGUGAGUUUGUGCAGUGUGUACUGUCUGAACCAUGUAUUGUUUGCACAUACACAAUAGUCAAGUUGUAGGACAUGCCAUGCUCAUCAAAUGAACCAAAACACAUCCGUCUGUCAACACUCCCUUAUUCAGGCAUGGAAAUCUCUCACCUUUUGGUGAAAUUCGCCGUUUUGUCAUAAAGGGUGACCUACAUGAUCGUGUAGAUCAAAGGAGAAUUUUUUUAGGGGGGGGGGGGGGGGUCGGGAGAUUUAUUUAUUUUUUUAUUAUCAUGUGAUCGACUUAAUACGUAAACUGAGCACUUCAGAAAUCGGCCCUUUUAAAUGACACUUGGACGGUCAGCAAAUCCUCCAAUCAUAGGCCAAACUGCGUUCCAUUAUUCCAAUCAUGCGCACACUCUUCACGAGUACUUGGAGAGCCUGUGGUAGCAUUGCAAAGCUGCGAGAACGAGAAGCAGGACUUAUCCAUGCCGGUGUUGUGCCGUAGAAUGCACCCCUGCCGUAGAAUGCCCCAUUGACGAGAGCGCGGUCCAAGUUUUCCUUACCGUGGAUGGAUUCAAAAGAGUGUGCCUUUAAUGACUUCAUUCAGGUUAUUCAGAUAAGCCGAAAACAAAAGCCCUCUGAUUCAGAAUAUUUGCUGUCCCGAGACAUUGUGUCAUUUUUGAGACACAUUAAAACAGAACGAAUGUUUGCGAUUGAAUUUGGUGAGUAAUGGUUUCAAUCAUUUUCAUAUUUUGUGGUAUAACAAAGUUACUGCCGUUCGCUACAGUUUGCGUUGAACACUGCCAGAGCUAGCCAAACCUCCGGUGACAAAAUAGCUCCCGUUUGCUUGAUAUUAAGUUAGCAUCAAGCUUGUGUAGUUAACAGUAACAUAAAGGAAGAAACACAAGCUUCUUUCUAAUAGCUCUGUAAUUGGUAUUUCAGGGACGUGUGAGGAUAAUAUUCACGUGGGGGGCUGAAAAGGCUGAAGGUGAAGAGGUAAAUUCUAGAACUUGUUGUCCUAUGCUUUGCCCCAUGCUUGAAGCCUUUUGUGACGAAAUAAAAACAUGUGAACCCUGGUCUUUUUAACACUACUUUUCGCCGCUGAUGUUAUUCAUUGAUUCAUUAAAACGUAAUGGUUUUGAGCCAUCUAAAAUAGCGAAAGCGGGCAUCUCGCGUUUACUGCUCUAGCUCUAUCCGUUGACAAGACGGGGCGUCAAUUUUUUUCAGCGCGACAUUAGCGUGAGAGAAGACAACAGGGAAGAGUGUGUCACGAAAGGCUUACCGUGUGUUUAGACCAAAAGCUACUAAAGCUGUUGUGUAAAUCGCUAUGUUGCUAUUAUUUUUAUAUGGCUGUCAAGAAACUGGGAGUGCUCAGCAGGCAAAGAAGCAGGCUGCUGAAAGUGAGAAGCAGGCAAGGCUGAGGCAUGUGGCCACUCAGCGUAAAAGGCCAUGGAGACUCUGGCGGCCCAGGCAAAAAGAAAAAAGAAAAAAGUGAUCAAUUGGACUUGGUAUUGGAUCUAUUGGAAUUGCAUGUAUUGUUCUCCAGUCUGGCAGGGCAUACAUUGAUCUAAAGUGCAGGAUGUAAAGUCUUUAUUUUUUUUAUUGUUUUUUUUUUUCUCUUUAAAUUAUUAUUCUUCAUAUGGCCUUGUACAAACAGGUUUGAACACCUCUCUCUGACUCAUCUAACUCAUUUAGCUUCUGUGAAAGUAAACUUUGUUUCUAAAUAAAACAUGGCCAGCACAAGAUGCAUGUGAUGUUGUAUGUGUGUGUGUGUGUGUGAGACUUGGAGUGUUUUUGGCGCCUCCUGCAGAUCACUGAAACACAAUGUGGGUGAACAGAUCUCAAUAUUUUGUUGGGUUAUACAGUGUACCGGAAUGUAUUUCCUCUGCACCCUUCUCACCUUUUCAACCCCUGACCCAUUUUCAUGCCUGCUUAUUUUUCAGGAUAAUUCUGCACCUCCAGUCAAUAUUUAUACUGCAGAACAGAAAAAAACAAGACAAAAAAACUGCAGUAUUAGUUUUGUAGUAUUGUGUAGCCCUGGUCUCUGUGUAUUGGUGCUUUUCAAGUUGAUUUUGGUGGGUACGUUUUCUGAAAUAAACAAGAUGAAGAAAAACAUAGCCCUCAUAGUCCCCAUGACCAAACUCUACUGCAACAAAGGACGUCCCCAUAAGGUUUUUUCAGCCCACCUUUUUCCAAGAUUUAGAACAGAUUAUUUACUGAUGAUGAUGAUGAACAAAACACGUCUGUGUGUCCUGCUGGAGAGUCAUCAGGUGUCUUCAACCGAAAAGUGCUCUGAAGAAGACCAUCAGCUCACUGAGUCAUGCUGUGUGUGUGUGUGUGUGUGUGUGUGUGUGUGUGUGUGUGUGUGUGUGUGUGUGUGUGUGUGUGUGUGUUAGAUCUGCUGCUGUCUCUUUGCCUGAGCCACCUGAUAAACACUGUGCAGUACGUCUCUAGGUCAGGUUGCAGUCUGGGGGGUUCUGGGAGUCUGGUGUGUACGGGGUCAGCAGAGUGUGCUCUGGCUGCAGCAGGUUUGUCCUCUGAGUCUGAAGAAUGUAAAUAGAAACAGUAACUGGAGCCUAAUGUUGGUCCUUUGCUGCCCAUGGGGGAGCGGCUGCAGCUCAAAGUGUUGACGAGGAAUCGGUUCUGCUGGUGUAAGAGAGGAUCGAGUGUGUGCAUGAAAUUUUGUUUACAAUUAGGGCUGUCCUGCACCGUGUGUAAGGAAUACAUUAGAGUCAUGCCGACAGUAAAUCCUCAGCAGGGGCUCUGACAGGCGUCUGACCGAUGUGUGUGCAGACCUGAGGUCAGUUCAGGCUGCAGUUCGGCACGAGUCCAUUUGGAACUUUUUACUGUGGUGAUCUGAUUAUCCACAGCCAAUCAGGUUAUUGUUGAGAUGAUUCUUAAUCAACUCAUCCUUGUAUUUUGCUCAAGAUGUAACACAGAUGCUGACAUAGAAACACCUCCAGUUUUGCCGAUAAUAAGGGACCAGUGAGCAAUGUUCCCUCUAAGCUGCGCGCCUGCGCAAUCGCGCACUGCUCACACAUUGUCAGCGCACAAGAAAAGCUAUACAGCGCAUGUCUAACACAGUGAGUGAUAGAUGUCCAGCCAAUGAUGUGAUACGGUUCACUUACGCUACGUAGCCAAUCAUCGCAUUGACAUUGCUUACAUACCGUAAAUUCCGGACUAUAGAGCGCACCGUUAUAUAAGCCGCAGAUGCUUAUUUUAGGGAAAAAAAUAACUUUGUACACGUAUAAGCCGCACCGGUAAAUAAGCCGCGGGUGUCCACCUGGUGACAUUGUCACCUAAAAAGUAAAUUAAGAUGUUUUUUUAUCAAAGUCUGAUAUUUAUUUCGAAAUAUUUACUCAGCUACACACAGAUAGCGAAAACAUAUGGACAACAGUAAAUCUACACAAGCAGUUGUCAGCGCUGGUCCGUGUCCCUGUGUGUGCGGGUGUGUGUGUGUCUCUCUGUGUGUGUAUAGCCCUGUAGACGACUUUCAUUCACGGAUACAUAAAAGAAGUGGACAAAGAAGUGGCUGCGGAGAAAUACGCGGCCGGUGGGAACUAAAGGCUGCGCUGAAUGGAAGCUAGUGAUGUGUCGGUCGGUGACCAGAAGGAGCGCCGCGAUCGUGCACUGCAGAUAGUUUCGGCACCUGUUUUAUUUCCUUGCGCGAGCCGCGUCGGACCCCCCCCCCGGCGGUCUAAGGGUAAGGGCAUUUGAUGGUGCUCACAAUGAUCUUCAGUGUGCUCACGAAGCUUGUGUGUUUACCCAGACACAUGAAAAAUUAGAGGGAACAUUGCCAGUGAGUUUCCGCGAGUUUAUUCAGAUGGUCCUACAGGGAGGAAACAUCACUGUCAUCACUAGUGCUGGGCGAUAGGACGAUAGAUAUCGUGGGCACGAUAGAAAAAUGUCUAUCGCGCCAUUUCUAUUUUUAUCGUUUCGAGUGAUAGGCUGUAUUUUAUCCAUAGGGCUUGUGCCCUCAGAUGAUUCAUAGUAACAACAACAAUAAUUGCACAUUCAGUAAGUGUAUUUGGUGUCAAACGGGAAAGAAAACAAUAUUUUCUUACAAAGAAAAGGAUGCGUUGACAUGUAGGCUCGCAUUUCUCUUUCGAUUUUGCGACAUGACGCUGCUUUACGUGCCCUCUUCGUGUCCAGCGUCUCCCGCCGUUGCGGGUUACCUGGGUUACACACGUGAGGGGAUCAUUGUAAGCAGUGCUUAAUUUGUGCCGGAGCAAGCCGGAGCACGCUCCGGGACCUCUUUUGAUCGGAUCUGGGACCUAUUUCAGCCGCUCCGGCACCUGUUUCAUCUGCUCCGGGACCUUCCCUGUAGAGGAUGACAUUUUUCGGGAGUCAUUUUUAAAUUAAUCCCUUGAUCGGGACGGGACGGAAAAAAAGCAACGGGAGUGGGCAGGAGCGGGAACAACAUUAAUAGAUGAUCAUUUUCAGCUUUGUUAAACAACCAGAUGAACAGGUGCGUCCAUUUUUGUAGUCAUCUCUCAGUGAGAGCCAACACUCUUGACCGCGCUAGCAACACAAAAGAACUACAACAGUGGUUUGACUUCCUGUCAGCUGGGAGCGCGGCUGCGCAUUUCUACCCUUCAAGCCAGGAGCGAGGAAAUGUAAUUUUGUGACAUUCUGUAGUUUUUCAAUCAUUUCUGGAGGCGUGGCGAAUCAAAUCACCUUACCUGUCUGCCCCUGAUAGGCGAAUAAAGCGCUCAGAUUCAUGCUCGGGUCUUGCUACGUGCUUCAAGAGUAAAGUAAACAACGACGGAGGCAGAGAGCAGCUUUGGAGGAGAAACAUCCAGCAGUGUGAACAACCUCUUCAAAAGAGCCCUAAAAACCUACCUUUUUAAUAAAGCCUUUGGUUAGCUUUCCUCUAUGCUUUUACUACCUUGCCUCUUACAUUGCAAGUCUAUAUUCUUUAUUUUUUUUAUUCUUUUAUGCUUUUUUUAUGCCAAUCUGUGACUGUCAUUCUAUUGCUUUUUUUAUUGUUGCUGCUCUUUUUUUACUGUGUACUGUAGCACUUUGAGAUUUUUUGUAAAUGUAAAGUGCAUUACAAAUUAAAUUUAUUAUUAUUAUUAUUAUUAUUAUGGAGUGCUUUGGCUCACACUAUCAGCGUUUUCUGUGAGUGUUGCAUAACUUUGGGUGAGCACAGACAUGAACGCACUUCGGCCACGUAUUUAUUUAUUCAUUUUUCUAGUUUUAAGUGCUGGUCUUGUACUGGCACUGUACUAGGGCAGCUGUAUACACUUAAAUUUUUCAUAGAACUGAAAGCAUACUAUAGCUAUAUCGUGGUAUAUCGUUGUUGUGAUAUAAAAUGAUCCAUAUCGUGAUAUACAUUUUUUUCCAUAUCGCCCAGCACUAGUCAUCACUGUCCUUCUAAUUGUGAAUCUCAACAGCUAAUGUCAGGUUGUUUCAUAUAGAACUAUACCGUGUAAGUACCAAACAUGUUUGCUAUUUGCACUGUGACAAAUGGCCCGUCAUAUGGUGAGUUGAUAUCAGGUGAAGUAUAUGGCACAUACAGUACAGUUUCAGACACUGAUCAGGUUGAAUUAGUUAACAGCUGCUCUUUCAGCCCUCACCAGCUCUGUGGAUCAAAUGCACACUAUGUGCAGAUCUUAAGCUCCUGACGUUGUUGCUCUUUGCUUCAGUCUGAACAAAUGGUAAAUUCUUUUUUUUUUUUUGAUCAGCAGACAAAAAGUGACUCAGAGGCUCUCCUGAUGCCUGAUUAAUAAUUUUGUAUUAAAAAGCAGAAGUUCUGCAGCUGUGAGAGGUACAAGUGUCAAUGACGUAUAAGGUUUUUCAACAUGCCAAUUUUAAAAUACCAAAAAUAAGUAUAUCUUUUGCAACAGUUCAAACACUAAGGGUGUGCUGGCACGCACAGGCACACAGACACAGACACAGACGUUUGGAUACAGUGCUGCAAGUGAGCGUCGUGAGUGAAAAGCAAGCAAACAGAAUGAACACGGCAGCUUUAGUGUCUAAACCGAACGCAACAGCCCAAGUGUGGGAAUAUUUCGGCUUUAAACCAAAUGAAAGAGGUGAGCCCACAAAUACGGACGAGCCGAUAUGUCGUAUUUGUUCCAAAGUUGUGGUGACAAAGAAGGGGAAUACGACGAACAUGCAUGCGCACCUCAGGCACAAUCAUCCCCUCCAUUUUUCCCAACUGAGCAAAAAAAGUACCGCCGGAGGUGCUGCGGAGCCAUCGUCCCGACAGGUACCGCUUACUGAAGCGUUUGGUAAGCAAAGCAAAUAUAAACAAAACAGCGCAAAAUGGUGCGCGCUGACGGACAGCGGAAAUUAAAGUUUAUCACUUUUGACAUGGUGUACUUGCAUUAUUAUGCCAUAUAUUAUCAUUUUCUAUAAUUUAAAAAACGGUGUCAAUAAUAUCGUUUAUCGGCAAUAAUUUGUAGCACAAUUACCGUCCAGCAAAAUUUGUUAUCGUGACAGGCCUACACGUAAGCAUACUGUAUCAGGUAUCAAUGUCUCAGUUACAGAAAUUAGAUAUUUUAGUUUGUAUUUGAUAUAAUUAAUGUUAUUAUUGGUCGCACCACAUAAUUGGAAAUCGCGCCAAAUGACCUGAAGACCUUGUAUCAUUAAAAAUCAAUGUAAAAAGACCUAUGAACAAUUAAUUCCAUGCAAAUUUUAUAUUCAAACCAAAUUUUAUUAACAUUUCAAACAUGAACACAAACAUUUCAUUUCAUUUUUUUGACAAAAAUUUAACUCUGUGUGUGUAUGUGUCCCAGAGGCCUGUACUACGAAGCCGGAUUAACACACUCAGGAUAAUUCUGCCACAACUCGCUCAACUUCACCAGAUCUCCGUAAUCCUGAUCAGCUGUACUACGAGGCAGGAUAUCAACUCGCUAACUAAAUUCAGUUGUGGUCAGUCUAGAUCUGUGCACGCACACGUAAAGGGGGUGGGGUCAGUGCCACCGGACCAAUCUCCAUAAUGGAGAAGGCUGCACGUCAUAUUUCACAGCUGAGGAACAGAGCAUUAAAUACGCAAAUAUGAGGAGUACCACAACAUUAUAACAGUGAGGAGCAGGACAGCCGCAGCUGCUAAAAACCGGAAGGACUGCUGGCAAAAAAAAUCAUCGACUGUGUAAAUUACAUUUGUGGGUUCAUAAAUUUAUGGCCCCCUAAUAUGUUGUCAUGCAGCGUGUGUGAUCACCUCCAUCAUUGACGUCAUUAUUUCAGAUACAACAGCAGUGGGGAAGAGUACAUGGGAGCAAAUAAAAAUAAAUCUAAAAAUAUCCGUCAAAGUAGUUAGUAAGUUUAUUGGAAGAUUUUAUUUGUACAAAUUGUAAUGCGUAAACAGUGAUUUCCUCACACUGCCUUUAUUUCUUUUUUUCUCCAUCAUCUGAUGGUCACAUGUCAUCUGCAGACACAUUUGGGGUUAAGAGGAGUUUUCUAAUCUGCUUCAAUAAAUUCUGAAUGAUGAUUAAUAUGCCGCAUGAAACUGGAACUUGGAGCUUGGCAAAUAUUAGUGCAUUGCUUAGACUUCAUGCUACCUGAAUAUUGAGGCCGUCCAAGGAAAACCUGUAACAUUCGAAGAGAACGUCAUCAGGUAAAUCUAACGGAUUUGAACGAUCAUGAAUAUAACGCUCUCGACGAAGCGCACCUCUCAUUAUCCGUGCAAUGAUGUCCCCAGGAUCCGGCAAAAGUAGGCAAGCCAUUUUCCAAAAGAUCUGAUUGGUCAGUGGGCGGUCUUUUAUACCUGCUGAGAUCUUAUCCUGAAACAUAACCUGCUUCUGAGCAGGUUUGGUGUUCCGCUUAAGUUACCGGGGCAACGGACCCGGAUAAAAAGAGAUCCACCUUCGUAGUACGGAAAACCCAGAAGUUAUCUCGCUAAGACCAAAUCCAGCUUCUUAGUACAGGCCUCUGGAUAGAAAGAAAUCCACCUUCAUGGUACUGAAAACCCAGGAGUUAUUCCAGAAGUUAUCUCACUAAGAUCAAAUCCAGCUUCAUAGUACAGGCCUCAGGCCUUUUUAAACUUUGCCCAAUCUUGGCCCAAUCUUUGACCAGUCUUUGCAUGAACAACAUGCUGCGGGGUCAGAGUUGACACGCUGCCUAUGGCAAGCACUUUUUACUGUGCUUGGCAGUGGCAUCUGGUAAAAUAAAUUCAAAUGAGUCAAAUAGAUACAUGAAUUAGGGAUGGACCGAAUAUAAGAAACACUUGGCCGAAUACCAAAUAGCCGAAUAUGAUUAAUAAAUAUGUAUAUAAAUUAUGAAUUUUUAUCACCAAGCAAUUUUUGUACAAUUGCUGUCAUUGCCGUACAUUUGUUUUAGAACUACCUGAUUAUGGCAAAACCUGGCAAACUUAAAUAUUAAUCACUUUAUGUUUGAACCAUGAAACAUUUAUUCAGCUUCGGCACAUGACAUAACAAUGCUAUAACAAUAACAUUCAAUAAUCUUUCUCUGAUAUGUCGAAAUAUUUCCAAACCACAGACAUGCCGGUUGAACGGCUUCGAGCCAAGACAGCUGCACGUAUCGUGUGCGUCGUAUCAGCAUGCCGGUGUUGUGCCGUAGAAUGCACCCCCGACGGGAGCGCGGUUGAAAGUACUUAACAAGGCGAAAAAAAUCCAAGUUUUCCUUACCAUUGGAUGAAUUCAAAAGCGUGUGCCUCUAAUAAUUUCAUUCAUUAACGAUCAAAUAGUCGUGUUUUUUAAAAUAUGAGAUCAUUUUCUUCCACUUUAAGAAGCUAACGAGUGGAUGGGAGGCAGGGGGUGCAUUCUACGGGGGUGCUUUUUACGGCACAACACCGGCUUGACUCUUGUCGCGUUCCGAUUACAUCAUCAACAUGCUACUAAAACAGGGAAAACAGCGCCGUCUGCGUUUUCCGUUUUUGAGAGUUCAUUCUAAACAUAUGUUUAUCCACACUAUUCGGUAUUUUUUUUCGGCCAUAACAUCUAUUCGGCCGAAAACCGAAAAUUCAUUUUUGAUGCUUUUCGGCCGAAUAUUUUCGGCGCCGAAUAUUCGGACCCAUCCCUAACGUGAAUAUUAAUAAAUCACUAACUGCAUAAAUACCUUAGUGAAAUGGCAUGCUUUUAAUAUUUUUUUUCUUAUUUUGUACAAAGAUCAACUAACCAUUAUUUCAGAAAUAUUAGCAAAAUGACUCAUCAAAUAACAAAAAAAUAUUCAAAAUAAUACUAAAAAUUAAGUACUUAGUGUUUAUCAAUCAUCAAUUGAAUAUAAAAAGCGUAAAUACUGCUGAUCUAGGGCAUAUUUAUGAUGGGAAAAAAAUCUGCAGUGGUCGCACCACAUGAUAAUUGGUCGCACCGUUUGACAUUUUCAAGUUAAGUUAAAUCUUACUGAUACAGAAUUAGCCACAUAAACAAAGCUUGCGAGCUUCCCACAAAAGGUCACUAUGAAAUUUAUAAUUAAAAUAUAUAUUUGUGGAAAUAACUUAAAUUGUUUUUUUGAGGUCAUGCAACUUCCUGUCCUUGGGUAGAUUUCAGCAUAAAAGUGUCAAAAAUGGUCAUUGCUUGAUGGUCGCACCACAUGAUAUUUAAUGAAAUGGACAUGAUUGGACAAAAUUUAUUUGUAUAUUAUAAAAAAAAUAUAACUGCAAAAGCUUUGCAGUUUUGUACAGGAAUACAAAAAACUUUGAAAAUCAUGCCAAAUAUUGCAGAAUGAAAAUUGUAAUAGAUUUAAAGUAAUUUCAAAGAAGUUUUCAAAACAGCAGUCAUGGCUGGAUGGUCGCACCACAUGAUAUCUUGACACUUUGAAGUUCAGAAAAAUUACAAAAAACUCCUGAUUUUUGAAAAGUUGAAGUGACUUCAUAUAUUAGAGAGAUACUACACAUAGAUCAUAUAUUUUUUUACAUUUAAACCUUUUUGUAACUUAAAGAAAAUACAGCCGGCCAGAAUAUUCAGGCGUCACGUCAUUGACCCACAAACAGAUGACUAUUUAAACAGCAGGUAGGGCUGUGCUAUAAAACAGUAACGAUACAUAUUGAAAUUUAAUUUCUCUCAAUAUCAAUAUAAAACAUGGUCAAUAUGCUCUUCGAUAGCUGGCAUUCUGCCAUGUUUUGGUAGACUGUAAAAAUAGCCAAUGAAAAGGGGAGUUGAUCCAGGUCUGCUUCACGCUGAACCAAUCAUGUGCUGAAUUAGAACCAAGUAGCAAACAACUGCGUUGUAGCAGGCUGCAGCUACACCCAACCAUAGCACUUUAAGACGUGAAGCCGACAGCACUGUUGGUGAGAAAAAAAGAAAAUGAGUGCUACCCCCGGCAGAAAUGCAGAUGAAGGAUCAACAGAUGAUGACAUCGUCAACAACACUGGCAUGAAAACAUCAGUGGUGUGGAGUAAGGCUGCACGAUAUUGGAAAAAACUAACAUUGCGAUUUUUUUCAACCCUACGAUAUAUAUUGCGAUAUUAAAAAUACAGGAAUUUUCACCAGAUGACCUGAAUAGCAUUUAAUGUUAUGCUGCACUGCUGAAAUCUUGAGGACAGUUAACCUGCUCUGAACUUACCUCUUUUUGUGAACGUUAGUAGAAUGGCUUCUGUCUGUCUCAGAGAUAUUUUUAGCUUUUAUUGUGCUGGGACGUUAUUGUGGCCGCAGAUGAACACAGAACACGUGUUUUGGUCGACAUCAUCCUUCUUUUAACCAAAAUAAUUCCAGAUAACUGACUUUCCUUUUCUUUUUGGCAACAAAUCUUAAUUUUCAGUGGUUUUCUCUUGUUCGUUGCUCAUUUUGCAAUCGUUGUUGUUGUUGUUAGCGGUGUUGUGCCGAGAAAUGCAUGUCCUCCGAGAAUUGCAUGCACCUCGCAAAACGCGCACCGCUUAUAAUAGAGUGGUCCACGGAAAUGUACAAUUUAAAACCCAUACAGUUCUUAUUUGUUGGGCUUAACAGUCAUGAGUAAAGUUCCGAAAGUAAUUCUCAGCGGACACGCAUUUCUCGGCUCAACACCAGCAGCCAGCGUCUCACUCCAUGUGUAGGACAUGUGCAGAGGUGGGUUUCCUCCGCUCUGAUUUUGAUUGACAGCAGGCAGGGUAGUCUGAUUGGCAACUGAGAACUGAGUCUGAUUGGCAACUGAGUAAAGGACGAAGGUGAUUGGUGGAUCACCGCACAGCACAUGCAGAGUCACAUGCAGUGUAUCUCAGUCAGUUACCCUUGAAAUUAACUGAGUUUAUUCACCUCCGACAUCGCAGGGUCUGCGAUGUGACUAUCGCACACACGUACGUCGCGAUGCUCAAACGAUAUAUCGUGCAGGCCUAGUGUGGAGGUAUUUUGUCGGAUAUGAAGCAGAGCAAUGUACACUGCAAAUUAUGUCGAGUACAUUCUUGCAAAGUUGGGGAACACUUUAAAUCUUUUCACCACCUGAAGCAGUGCCACGCGGCAGAGCACGCGCAAUGCAAAAGGUUUCAAACCCCAAGCAGAGCAAGGAGUCCAUGGUGCCUGUGCAGCUGAAACAGCUGACCAUUUAGUCCGCUUUCUUUAGCGCAAUGUAUGACAAAACAUUGAAGAGACACAAAAACCUCACAGAUGCAGUAGCUUAUUGUAUUGCAAAAGACAUGCUAUCAAUAAGCACUGUUAAAUUUUAUUUUUCAUAUUUUGAUAUAUAUAUAUAUAUGUAUAUCGAUAACGACUGAUAUAUUAUUGUGGUACACUUUUUCCCAUAACGCCCAGCCCUAACAGCAGGUGGACAAUAGAAUCUUCAUCAAACCAGCACUCUGGGAUCUGUGUCUGAAACCUGGUACACUGCUGGAUGACAGAGCUCCCUGAUGUCAUGAUGAGGAGUUAGAGUUCAACAAAGGGUUAAUUUGAGAUAUAGAUUGACCUCAGUUUUAAAAUAUGAAUAAAAUUAAAGAUAUGUGGGUCAUUCCAUGAAAUCGGUGCCUUUUGCGUCUCCAUUGCAAUGGACAUGACAUAUUUCCAUAGACUGUACAUAAGAUGGAAAGAGUCUGCCUCCUCGCUGGGUGAAGCCACUUCCAGAACAGCACCCUCUGAUGGUGGGCUGCAGUACAGGUCAUAAAUCCGGCCUCUGCCAGCAAAGCUUAUGGGACUGUGGACAAACUUUAAAAAUGUAUUACACAGAAUAUACAUUUUUCUCCCCCCUGCUUGUGAUGUUGACAUGUAGUUAUUGUAAGUCCUUUUUUUUCUGUACAGCUCUGUUUUUAAAAGUUAUUAGGGGGUUCAUGUUUUCUAUGAUUGACACCUGGUACAGCCUAUGGGUGUUCAGGAAUUGCGAAGCUCUCCCGGGGGGAUACGCUCGGCUCAAACAGCGGCGACUGCGCGCAUCGCUACUGCGCAGCUCUGGUUUCAAGGAAGUGGAGAAAAACCUGGAAUUACCGAGAGCUUUUUGGCUUCAAAUCCGUAUACAGGCGGAAGGUGGAACCAGGUUGUCCAUCUUAUAUACAGUCUAUGAAUAUUUCUGGCUCUAAACCAAUAAAAACUUUGUGAACUAAUAAUGUCAGCAGUGCUGGUUGCUGAUUGGAUCCUGAUUAUCAAAUCACAAUCAAGUCAUAACUUUGUGCACGCCCAAAGGGAGUGACAGACGUCGGACAAGACAGGCAUGGCUAAGCGACUGGAGAAAGGGAGGAGUAAGUGCUCAUUUUCAGUCAGAAAUAUAAAUUUAUAUUCAAGCUAGCCAAACAAAUUUGCUCUCAGUAUAAUUUUAAGUGUUACAAGUGAUAGUAUUUUAAGUCAUCUUGAUUGUAUCUCAUAUAAUUAAUUUCUACAAUUUUUUCAAAGUCUGAUGUCUAGUGCAAUGGACAUCGGGAGUUAGGCAACAGUUGCCAACUCUCACUCAUUACUAGUGUCAAUAUGCAAAGAAACAAAACACCUGUUAGCUUUUCACAGGUAAAGUAUGAUGUCUCAGUUUAUUUAGACUUAGACUUAGACUUACGCCUGGUUCACACAGGAGGCCGACUGCGCGCUUGGCUGUUCACACAUAAAGCGUUUUCUGCUGCGCUCUGAAGCGCCGGUCAGACAUCGACAGUGCUCGGCUGUUUCCGUCUGCCCUCAGUUCUCCACACUUAAGAGCACUUUAAACAUGGGUAAAUCAAUAUUUAUUUACGUUUUUAUUAUGUCAUACAUAAAUUAAAUAUUGGCAGCAUCUUCAAGUAUUGUUUUAAAUUAUUAUAUAGGGGUAAACAACGAAUGAAUUGGGGAGUCUUGACUCUGUUGUAUGUGUAGCCUUGUUAGCUCGAGGCUAUUGACUCUAUCAUAAUAAAGUCCCCCUCUUUUGUCUCAUUAACGUCACUGAAUCUCUGCAGCUCUCCCUCCGUGUGUGUGUGUGUGUGUAUGUGUGUGUGUGUGCGUGCGUACGUGCGUGCGUGCAUGUCCAGCGGGAAAAAAUAGACCGACAAGCAACACUGUAAAUCCCUUUUUUCUAACUUAUUGAAAUAUAUAUUAUUUUGAAAACUGACCGGAUUCUCUCGCAUCUCCUGUUCCCGACUUCCUGUCUGGUCCGAUCUGCUCCAUCCAGAUUUACAAUUGGCGCUUGUGGCGCGCGGCUUGCGCAAAAAAUAGAGAGAAGUGGAGCGGCCAUGCUUCAGAGCGCGGCGCUUUGUGUGAACAGUCACAUAGGUUAACACGGGUGCCGAUCCGAAACUCGGUGCGCGGCGCUUCCGUUCCGCGUGCAGCGCUUCCUGUGUGAACCAGGCGUUAGACUAAACUUUAUUCAUCCCUUGGGAAAUUCGGGUUAGCAGCAGCUUUACAAGUAAAGAGGUAGAAAAGGUGCAAAGUGCAGCAUGCAAAACGUAGUUACAACAUAAAAUAAGAUAAAAUACAAAAAAUUAAAUAAGAUACAAGUUACACAAUCUACAUAAAUAUAGAAGUGGCAUAUGAUGGUGUGUGUGUGUGUGUGUGUGUGUGUGUGUGUGUGUGUGUGUGUGUGUGUGUGUGUGUGUGUGUGUGUGUGUGUGUGCGUGCUGGACACUGGCAACCACAGACUGGUAGAACAUCUGCAGCAGUUUGCAGCAGAUGUUAAAGGACCGGAGUCUCCUCAGGAAGUACAACCUGCUCUGGGUCCUCCGGUAUAGGUGGCUGGUGUGUGCUGACCAGUCCAGUUUGUUGUCCAGCCACAGCCUGAGGUAUUUGUAGGAGUCGACAGACUCCACCUCAACUCCCUCGAGCAGGACUGGUCUCUGCCUCGGUCUGGACCUCCCAAAGUCCAUGACCAGCUCCUUCGUCUUUGAGGUGUUGAGCUCCAGGUGGUUAAGGCGACUCCAGGAGGCAAAGUCCCCCACCAGACUCCGGUACUCCUCCUCUCGGUCAUCCCUGAUACACCCAACGAUGGCUGUGUCAUCUACGUACUUCUGUAUGUGACUCAGCUCCGAAUCAUAGCAGAAGUCCGAUGUAUACAGGGUGAAGAGAACAGGGGCCAGCACUGUGCCCUGGGGGGCUCCAGUGCUGCUGAUCACAGUUUCAGAUGUGGCAUCCCUCAUCCUGACAUACUGUGACCUGUCUGUUAGGUAGCUGGAGAUCCAGGCCACCAGGUAGGGGUCCACUCCCAUGCUGUUGAGUUUGUCCUGUAGCAAGGGGUGCUGGAUUGUGUUGAAAGCACUGGAGAAAUCCAAAAAGAGGAUCCUCACUGUGCCGCUUCCCUUAUUCAGGUGGGAGUGGGUCCGGUGUAGCAUGUAGAGGAUGGCAUCCUCCACCCCAACGUCUGGCUGGUAGGCAAACUGCAGGUGGUCUUGGGCAUGUUGCACCUGGGGUCUGAGGAAGGUGAGGAAGAGCCGCUCCAGCGUCUUCAUAAGGUGGGACGUGAGUGCCACCGGUCGGAAGUCAUUCAGCUUGCUGGGUCGGUUCUUCUUAGGCACCGGAACAGGAUGUCUUCCAGAGGGUGGGCACUCUCCCUAGCUGCAGGCUAUGGUUGAAGACGCGUUGCAGUGGGCCUGCUGCUUUCCCGUGUUUUAGCUUCCUCAGCUGACCUCUGACCUGUUCUGAUUGUGUUCAGGCAGGGGGGGGCGGUGUUGCGGUGUCCGGGAAGGGGGAGUGAGGUGUUGUUGUUUCCGGUGGGCAGCGUAUGGUGGUGGGGAAGAGGGGUAGCUGCUGUGUGUGUAUGUGUGUGUGUGUGUGUGUGUGCGUGUGUGUGUGUGGGGGGGGGGGCUGGUUGAACCUGUUGAAGAAAACGAUCAUUUCAUUUGCCCUCUUCGUUGUCCCCACAUCGGCUCUGGUCUUUGAAUUGAGACCAGUGAUGGUCCUUACGCCUUCCCAGACCUCCCUCAUGCUGUUCUCCUUCAGCUUCUGCUCCACUUUCCUCCUGUAGCUGUCCUUAGCCUCCCUGACGAGGUGUUUCACCUCCCGCUGUGCUGCUUUCAUGGCCUCCCUAUCUCCGCUCCUGAAGGCAGCCUUCUUUUUGUUUAGCACAGUUUUGACUUCCCUUGUUACCCACGGUUUGUUAUUAGGGUAGCAGCGGACAGACUUAACAGGGGAGACCACAUCCUCGCAGAAGUUCAGGUAGUCCGUCAGACAGUGUGUCAGCCCCUCUUUGUCCUCACCAUGUGGGUUUGGUCAGCACGCCCCAGUCUGUGGUGUCGCAGCAGUCUCUCAGUGCACUGUCCAUUUCAGGGGACCACCUCCUGCUGGAACGAGUGGUUACUGGCUGCUUCUGGACCAGGGGGGUGUAGAGUGGCUGUAGGUGAACCAGGUUGUGAUCUGACUUUCUUAGUGGGGGGAGGGGAGUGGCUCUGUAUGCACCCUUCACAUUAGCAUACAGCAGGUCUAUUGUCCUGUUGUUCCUUGUGGGACAGUCUACAGCUUGGUGGAAAACAGCCAAAGUAGAGUCCAAAGUUACAUGAUUAAAGUCCCCAGAGAUUAUUAUGAAAGCCUCAGGGUGCUGUGUCUGCAGCCUCGCUGUGACAGAGUGAAUCUUCUCAUAGGCAGUGGCUGCGUCUGCUUUGGGUGGGAUGUAAACACAGACGGAGAUCACGUGACUGAACUCCUGCGGCAGAUAGUAUGGCCGCAGGCUAACAGCUAGUAGCUCAAGGUCCCGGCAGCACCACACAGUCUUUGCAGAGAUGUGUCCCGGGUUACACCAUCGGUUGUUCACAUACAUGAUGAGCCCCCCACCUUUUCUUUUACCGCUCACUUUCGUGUCUCUGUCGGCUCUCACUGCGGUGAAACCCAGCAGGUCCAUGUUAGCGUCCGGUACAAGAUGGUUUAGCCAUGUCUCUGUAAAGAUGAACAGACUGCUCUCCCUGAAGAUCCGUUAGUUGUUCAGUGCGGACAGCUCGUCGAUCUUGUUCAGCAGUGAGUUUACAUUCCCCAUGAUUACGGAGGGAAUUGAUGGUUUGUAGCGCCUUUGGUUCUCCUUUAGCUUAGCCUUUAGCUUAGCCCCAGCCCUGCAGCCCCUGGGUCUUCUCCUCAGCUCUGCCGGUAUAGCAUUUAUUCAUCUUUACAAAAUUUUAAAUGUAUAUUUUUUUUUUGUACAUAAUGUUCCUGUAGAGUAUAAAGUCGAAGACUUCCUUGAACAUCUUGUAGAUGGAGAGUUAUCCGAACUUUACUCUUUGAUUUUCAGGAAAUGAAGCAGAUGAGACCGGGAGUGAGACAGUUGGUAAUCUCAGAAGUGUUUUUAAUUCAUAGUAUGAGGUUUUCAUCAUUUUUUUAGCUUAUAUGUAAGCUCUAAAUCACAUGGAAUGCAUAAGAGUUCAAUAGUGAGAAUACAUAGAAUGAGUUUUAAAUGUGAUUGUUUUGUUAUUAGAAUUAGAGAGGGACAGUGAAGAGGUUCUAUGCAUGCCAGAAGAACUUGAGGUGGCAGGACAGUUUGAGAUAGAUGAGACAGACAGUGUGGACAGACAGAGUAUCAGAAGGAGAUGACAGUAACCAGGAAGGAGGAAAUCAAGUGACGUCACAGGCCAUUCACUACAGUCAAUGACACUUCCUUCGAGAAUCCUCCAAUUCGAGAUACAACCCAUGAGACCCUAUGAAUACUUUGAUGGCCAACAACACAAACAUUUAUGUCAUGCUAUGUGGUACGCUAAGUUUCAAAACAACUAGUUCAGGAGAGAUCAGAACCCUUGUCAGUCUCCACCUUGCUGUGCGAGUGAUGAAAAUGCCAAGAGUCUCCAUGUACUGGGAAGCUGGGAUGGACAUUGGUAUUUUUCAAACAGACUUAAAAAUAUGCAGAAUAUCCAGUUCCAGAUGGUUAGGUCAUACUUGAGUAAUUACUAUGUGUAAAAACAAUGCCUUAUUUUUCUUAAGUUUCAAUGACAUUUUACGCCCGUCUAGUUGUGGCGUCCACCAUAAUGGACAUGAAAAUAUACAAUAAAAACAUGAAUUGGCAAAAAUGUUUUUCCCCCCUUUGUUUCUAUGUUGGAGAGGAGUAAAGACCAGUUGGAGAAUUUUUUUUUUACCCAACAGAAAAAGUGCGGGUCUGAAGGGGUGAAUAUGUAAUUUAAAAAUAUAACAUUACCAUGUCUUCUCUUCUUAAUAUAACAUCAAAUUAAAGUCAAUUAAAUGUCAUUUUAAACAAUAUAAAUUACUUUUGAGGGUGAUGGGGUGAGGUUUUUGGCCUGUCCCUCACUACUAUUGCUGUACGUAUACAGGACUUUAAAUUUGUAAAUGUUAAAAUUUUCACAUUUACAUAUUGUUUUAAGUAUGAUCUUAUUGUUAAACAGUGUUUUUGGUAAUAAUGUAGAUUAGUCAUUAUAAAUAUUUACCAAUUUAUCAGCGUCCCCUGAUUUCAUGUCAACCCUGUUACCGCAACUAAAAAAAACUAAAAAGAUAAUGGUACAUUCCAGAUUUGACUUGAUUGACAGGAGGUCAAAGAUGCUAACAGCUCAGUGACAAUUAAGUUUCUCUCAUCUCUGAUGUGCUAUUUUUUAAGUUUUUUUGAAGUUUAACCGGGGGUACAAGCAUACAACGUCAACCCUGUUACCACUUUUUAACAUAUAAACCUAAACAAUUUUCUAUUUCUCAAAAUAUAAUCAAUAUCUACAAGUAAUUACCUUUUAGAGUACCUAGCUUGUAUUUUAGCUAGCACUUAUUUGAGCUAGCCACAGGCAGAUUAGGUUAAAAUUGCCAACCCUGGCACUGUCAACCCUGUUACCGUCAGCCCUGUUACUGUCAACCCUGUUACCACUUUUUAACAUAUAAACCUAAACAAUUUUCUUUUUCUCAAAAUAUAAUCAAUAUCUACAAGUAAUUACCUUUCAAAGUACCUAUCUUGCACUUUAGCUAGCACUUAUUUAAGCUAGCCACAGGCAGAUUAGAUUAAAAUUGUCAACCCUGUUACUGUCAACCAUGUUACCUUUCCACAGUAACAGGAUUUGACAUGUGAGUAACAGGGAUGACAUAAAAUAAUGUUUACCCUCGUUGUACUCUCUUUAGAGGUUAACCUUUUAAAAUUAAAACAUUUUUAGGUCAUCAAGUGAGCAUUAUUGAGGUAAUAAUUUUUUGAUUGAUUGAUUGAUACGCCGGUGGAGAGACAAUUACUAAGUGUCCGGUUACUUUUACUCUUGUCAGCCCUGUUACCAUAACGUCAAUCCUGUUGUUGUCAUUAAUUUGAUAAAAGUGUAAAAAAUGACAACUCAAAUAAGCUUUCAACACUCACCAUUAUAAUUUAAAUUACAUUAUAUUUUAGAUUGGGCCAUCAACAUUUCUCUUCUAAAAAAUAUCUGACAUAUGUUGAGAUGUGUGAUAGCCAUGCAAAAUUAGGGUAUAUUUGACCAUCUGAAUGACAAAUAUCUAAUUGGAGAAAAAAAUCCACAAAAUAAAAUAAUCUCAAUGGAAAGAGAGACUAAAGUACUGUUAAUAUAUGUGCCAUAUAUUGCAUAUUUCUAAUUAGAAAUAUUGUAUUUUGUUAAGUUUAUGUCGGUAACAGGGUUGACAAGAUUAUGAAAACAGCCAGGAGAAAAACGGUUGUAAAAUAUGAAAUAACACAGCCUGAGAUGGCACAGUAUAAUUUCUUGCCAUUUUAAACAGUCUUUGAUUCCUGGGUACUUAAAAAAUAACUAAAUAAAGAUUAAAUUUAAAAUUUUCUAAGCUGAAACGGCAUCGGUUUCAUGGAAUGACCCAUAUAUAUUUUCAGACCAAAUCUCAACAUCAGGAAGACUUUUUAUUUUUUAUUGGACCUGUUCAGUCAAAUAUCUCAACAUCUGAUUUAUAAUCCUCUUCCUGCUCCUCUCUCCUUCUCCUGCUUCUCUCCUCCUCAUGCUCCUCUCCCUGCUCUCCUCUCUCUUCCCCCUGCUCCUCUUCCUGCUUUCCUCUCUCCUCCUGCUUUUCUCCCUGUCCUCCUUUUCUCUCCUCCUCCUCCUGCUCCCCUACUUCUCCUCUUCCUGUUAUCCUUCUCUCCUCCCCCUGCUUUUCCUCCUGUCCUCCUCUUCUCUCCUCUUUCCUCCUGCUGAUGUCCUCCUUGGUUCCUGAUCCAUUGCUGUGUUUAAUUAAAACCUGGUUAUAGGUACAGACAGACAGAGUCUUGUCAGAUCCCUGUGAGUCUUCCUCUUAGUCUGAAUAUUCUUUAGAUUUGUUGUUUGUCUACAGAGUGUGUAAAUGUGUAAAUGAACCUGUGAUGACGACAGCUUCAGCAGUUUCAUCAAUAAUAAAAGUAUAUGAAUAUUUAGUGAUACCUGCAUCAGCAUAUUGUUUCCACACCCUCUCUUUUAGAACCUGAGCGUGUGCCGAGGUGAGGCAGUGAAAUCUGAGCAGAGAGAUUCCUGCUGCCAUCAGCUCCAUCUUCUCUAAUUUCAGCCCCCCCCCCCACCCCCACCCCUCCUCAACCCUGCUCAGAGCCUGCAGAGCUCUCCUCAUCCUGCACUAUGACCCAUUGAAAACAGCCUUGAUUGAGAGAUGGAGAGAUGACUGGAGAGAGGGACUUCAAUCUGAAUGAACCACCUCUGAAAUAAACACCUCCUCUUCCAGGAUCCUUUUUUUUCUCCUCUUGUGACAGUCCCCAUGGACAUCUCUUUGAAACGUUUGAUGUUCUCUGGAAACAAACCCUGCAGCUCUCUGCAUGUUUUACUCGUGAAAGCUGCCAGUCGGCUGUUUCUGUCAGUGCUCAGGCUCCAUUACCAAACCCCUUAUGGACGGCCAUCACAGGGCCAACUGCUCGCAUGUUCCAUCAGUUCACAUGUUAUAUUUACCUCUAAAGACGAGUGCAGGCUCUGCACAACACAGCAUGGACUCCCUUUUAGGAUUUCAUAUUAUUAUUACUGUUGUAUUUUAUCCCAAAUAGCUCAAAACAGUUGGAGCUCCUGCCGACUGGCUGCAGUCAAGGCCAUAAAGGCCUCCUCCUCCUCCUCCUCCUCCAUGUGAUUAGAUGGGUCAAAGUAAAAAACAGCACUCACAGUGAAGCUCUGGGCUCGGUGUUUCAGAGAUGUCACUUCAGGAAGGUUUAGGAGGAAUUGGCCUGCUGGUUGAAUCAUGGUAACACCACCUGAUGCUGUUGAACUGCUGCAACUCUUCUUCUCAGUAUCAAGACUGUAUCUGAGCCGCUUCAAUGAACCUGAAAAAAAACAGCUGCAGCUCAGGCUGUCAUCCAACCCUCCUGACUCAGCUGUCAUGGUUGUAAAGUUUGUGCCCCUCUCUCUGGUCAGUUUCAGGAUCAGCACAGCUACUGAUCAGGGCCAUGGAGCAAAUGCACUGAGACACUUUUGUUACACUGUGAAUUUUUCUUUCUUAUUGCUCUUGUGGACAAAUUUCGAUUCACUACUUAUCCUACAGCUUGAAGAGUUGUCAGACAAAUUAUAUAUAAAAUUGUGCGGUUUGAGGGGGAUCUAUGUGCUAUUCCUUUUUUCUUCUAUGUAUAAACUUUUGCUGACUCUCAUUGUGAAAAACUUAACUUUAAGUCAAUACGACAAGCCAAAAAAAAGAGCAAUUAUUUGAGUUUUUUAGAGAUUCACCAGGGUUUUUCCUGCGUUCAAAAUUGCGUGGCGGCCGCCUCCACCUAAUUUUGGGCCGCCCCCAGCAAGAGCGAUUGAUUUCGCUCAACACAGCGUAAAGCUCCAGCUGUGUUGAUUGAGCGAUUGAUGUCCCUCUGCAGCAGCAACGUAUUUUAACUGCAGUUGCAGCGUUGCGCCACUGUAGAGGCGCUAUAUCAACAGCAGUGCACCGGAAAGACCUGAAGCAUCUACCGAAGAAGAAACGGAUCGAAUCAUGUUUUUUCAAGUUUUUUUCCCGCUAGUUGGUGCUAUCGGCGUCCUGAUUUUCCCUGGCGGAUGGUACAAACAGGUAAAUACUGCUUGUCUUUUUUACAUCCGAGCAUGAUUUAUUUAAAAAAAAAAGUUUCCUCCGUUUUUAGCGUUGCAGUUAUGACAGGCAAAAUCAGCCAGUACUUUAAAAAGCGACCUCGCGAGGAGGAAAGUCAAGAGUCCAGGUGAAACACGGCAGAGAAAAAACGUAACAGGCAGUUAAAAUGCUAUAAUUCAUGGUGGUGACAACGUGGAAAUUUGUGUCAGGUCUGAAAGUACUUCACAAGGGACUGGUGAUCGCGAGGGUCAAAAUGCAGGACAGGACGAGUCGGCGAGGCGAAGGUAAUUAAUUAAUUAGUUUCCAAUUAGGAGCAUAACAACGCAAAGCCAACGGGUACGUAGUUUUUAUUCCUCUUUCCAGAUCUUCUCAAAAACACAGAGCCAGUGGCUUUGACAAGCAAUGGCUCAAUCAAUUUACCUGGCUCAGGCAUACUGAGGAAGGCAUGCACUGUUAUUUAUGCCAAAAGCACUGUGCCCCAACACAGCAGGCAAUUGCUGCCUCCUUAGUGAGACAGCCAUCAACCAACUACAGGCUGGACACAUUAAAAAGACAUGAGGUGACAGCCAUUCACAAAGCAGCAGAAGAGAAGGAGAAGUAUAUUAAAGAUGGUAGUACCUAAAAACACUCAACUAAUAAAGUUACAAAAACUAAAAUAACAUAGUUUAGAUAGUUUAAGAAAUAAUUGGUUGUCGUUUUUUUAGGGAGGACACUGCAGCGUAUACAUAUAUAUAAUAUAUGAUUGAAAACACUAUCACUCUUCAUGUCUGUAUCAGAAUAAAAACAAAAAUACUUAAUGUAUGAUGAAUUGUUUUGUUUAAGGUGAAGACACCUCUGCGGAACAGACUGAAGGAGAGGCACUUGGAUGUCUGUUGUAAGGUGGCCGUUGAUGGACCAGACCAGGAGGCCUUGGACUACAAGGAGUGCAUGAGGAGGUUCUACAGAAUGAAAAAGAGGAGGCUGAAAUGUUCUGUCUGGUUGCGAGAUGUGUGGAUGAAGUGUACUUUCAAUUUAAAGUUGCCAGCUGAUUUGUAUAUGUAUAUAGUUUUAAUAAAUGAAUGCUUUAACAUGAUAAUGGUCACACUCUUUUUUGAACUCUUAACUUAAAGUAUGUUGCCUGUAAAAGAAAGUGAGUCGGUUGAAUUUACAAAUACAUGCACGUCAUGGCGCAUGGUCAGGAUGGUGCCACCUCUGCCUCAAUUUGAGCCAGGAAAAACCCUGUUCACUGUUCCGACUUCAGUUAUUUGUCUUAUAAAUAAGAACUUGAAGAAGGAAUGUUUGUUGUAGAUGUGCUCCUCAUAUACAGUUAGGCUCAGAAAUAUUUGGACAGUGACACAAUCUUCAUGAUCUGGGCUCUGCAUGCCACCACAUUGGAUUUUAAAUGAAACAACUACAAUGGAAUUGAAGUGCAGACUUUGAGGUGUAAUUCAAGGGGUUGAACAAAAAUAUAUGAUUAAACAUGUAGGAAUUGUAGCUAUUUUUAUACAAACGCUCCUUAUUUCAGGGGCUCAAAAGUAAUUGAACAAAUAAACAUAACCCUAAGUAAAAUGUUUGUGGGUCUUUCUGCCUUAAGUUUUGUCUUGAACAAGUGAAAUGCAUGCUCGAUUGGGUUGAGAUCUGGUGAUUGACUCGGCCAUUGCAGAAUAUUCCACUUCUUUGCUUUUAAAAAUCCUGGGUUGCUUUUGCAGUAUGUUUUGGAUCAUUGUCCAUCUGUACUGUGAGGCACUGUCCAAUUAACUUUGCUGCAUUUGGCUGAAUCUGAGCAGAAAGUAUAUCCCUAUACACUUUAGAAUUCAUCCGGCUGCUUCUGUCUUUUGUCACAUCAUCAAUAAACACAAGUGACCCUGUGCCAUUGGAAGCCAUUCAUGCCCAUGACAUCACACUGCCUCCACCAUGUUUUACAGAAGAUGUUGUGUGCUUUGGAUCAUGAUCAUGUUCCAUUUCUCCUCCAGACUUUCUUCUUCCCAUCAUUCUGGUACAGGUUGAUCUUAGUCUCAAUGCUGUUCCAGAACAGGGCUGGCUUCUUCAGGUGUUUUUUGGCAAAGUCAGCUCUGGCCUUUCUAUUUUUGAGUUUGAUUAAUAGUUUGCACCUUGUGGUGAGUCCUUUAUAUUUACUCUCCUGAAGUCUUCUCUUUAUGGUAGACUUCUUCACCAUGGUAAGGAUUCUUCACUCAUCCACCACUGGUGUCUUCCGUGGACAUCCAGACCUUUUUGAGUUCCCAAGCUCACCAGUGCACUCUUUUUUUUCUCAGAAUGUACCAAAGGUUGAUUUGGUCAAUCCUAGCAUUUCUGCUAUCUCUCAGAUGGAUUUCUUCUUUUUUUCAGCCUCAGGAUGGUCUGUUUCACAUCCAUUGUGAGCUCAUUUGACCACAUGUUGUGUAUUCACAGCAACAGCUUCCAAAUGCAAACGUCACACCUGAAAUCAACUCCAGACCUUUUAACUACUUGGUGAUGACAGGGUAAGGAGGGAAGAGCCCAUACAGUCUUGUUUUUUUUUUUUUUUUGCAGCUUUCUGAGUCAAUGGUCCAAUUACUUUUGGACCCUUGAAAAAGAGGGGGCUACUUAUUAAAGAGCUGUAAUUCCUAAACCCUUGCUCCAAUUUGGAUGUGAAUACUCUCAAAUUACAGCUGAGAGUCUGCACUUUAAGCCCAUAUUUGUUAUAUAUAUAUAUAUAUAUAUAUAUAUAUAUAGCUGUUACAUAGCAGCUAAAAUAACAGAACUUGUAUCACUGUCCAUAUAUUUCUGGGCCCUACUGUAUAAUAUCACAAUGCUACUGGUAUGAAUGAUUUGAAAUCAAUGAAGAAUCUCAUCAUAAUCUACACACCCCAGCAGUAGAGAUAGUUUUCUAGUUGUGUGUUUACUUCACUGUGAAAGUGGCUGCGGCCAAAAGAGAAAUGGUCAAAAUCUGAGAAAACAUGAAUACUGAAAUGAGCAGAAAAGGAUCAGCCCAGAAAAACAGCAGGUUGAAGUGUCUAUCAGAGUGACUGUAGACUUUCACACUUCCAGGGUCGAUCAUGAGUUGGAUAAUGAUUCAGUACUUCACAUGGAUGUUUCCUUGGACAUUCUGACGUUUGGAGCAGUUUCACUGAUGACCUGUCUGUGUCACUGCUCUGCUCUGACCUUCAGAAACAUUUUGCAUUUCUCCAAUCUUUGUCUGAGUGACUGGAGCUUUGACUAAUUAAAACAGAGUCCAACAUCUGGUGCCAAACGUGAAUUCAGUGAAACUUUGGAGCAGGCUGUCAUAUCGCUCAGAACGAACGCAACGUCCUCAUUGUUGUCAGAAUGAGGUGAAUCCUCUCACUGGGUGCCGUUGCUCUGUUAAGAUCUCCCUGGUUUAUCUCUAAGUGGCGCUCAGCUUGAGGAGGACACAGUGUUGCGUGUUUGAGGCUCAUUGAUGAAUAAAAGCGCAGAAGCAGGACAGCUCUUUGCCAGCGAUUUCACAGGGACUGAAAUAUUCUCACUGGCGUUUCUGCUCUGGCAGCCUGAAAGUAGGGUUUUUCACAUCUUCUUCCUCUGUGCUGGCAGAUCCAGCUGCUCCCUCAGGUGAUGGACAGAGCUCCAACAAACAGCUCACAAGUCUGUACGCAUAAAAAAUAGAUUUCAGGGUUAGACUCAGAUAUUCAGUCAAAUUUGGCCUUUGUCCUGUAUCAUGUGGUCUGCUGCCAACAAUCCGUCAACAGAAGAGCAGACUUAAGGUCCUUACACACCAGCGAAUUUGCGGAGCGAAGCGAAAAAGCGAGACGAAAAUUGCGAAUAUUCGCCGGUCCGAAAAAUCGCUUUCGCCUAUACACACCGGCCGCGAAGCGAAUAUGCGUAUAUUUUUUGCAAAGCGAAUUAAUAAAGUCGCUUCGCGGCACGGAGGAGAGGAGAUGCGGGGUGGUCCUGUACCGCAAUUACCAGCCUCUCUCCCAUCGUUGCUCUUGGUGCCAGUGGUGGUGUGUGUCGUGUGAACGGCUGCUGAUUGACAUGUCUAGCAUUAUGAGCGAGGGAGAAAGAGGAGGAAAAGCUGUGAGAGACGCCGCAGCAGCCAGGAGAGGCGAGGGCUGAGCAGUGAUCCUUCAAGUUGUCUGGUCAUUCUGUUGGCCCUUUAGCUGCAGAUCAUCGGUAUGUAAAACAGCUAAGAGGGAGAAUCAGGCAUGAUGAGGAAGUCACCCUGUGAAGUGUGCAUGACACCUAAGGAAGACAUGAGAGUGUCAUCUUGUGAGGAAACUACUUCAUUAGUAGUUAGAAAGAGUUUUGGAUGCACCUCAGCUGCCUUUCUCUGCGUUUUCAUAAUCUCAAACUUCUCCCUCUCCUCCAGCCGUAUGGGUCUGUGACGUCAUCAACAACAUGACUUUUGAUUGGCCAGAGGUCUAGCAGGUCCAGAUAUUCGCCUGCGAAUAUCCGAAAAAUUCGACACAAGCGAAUAAAUAAAAGCGGCUUUUCGCCUCACGGGAAAAUCACCGCCGGUGUGGAAGCUUGCAUUGACUUUAUGCUGUUUUAAAAAAAGGCGAAUUAUUCGCCUGGCGAAUUCGCGCCUGGUGUGUAAGGACCUUAAGUGUCUGCUCUGCUUCAGUUAUCAGUGUCUCCUCCAGAAAUCAGCCUGUGUUUGUUGUGGGCCUGAAAAGCCUGAUUUCUGGGGGGCCUUUUGUCAAGUUUAGAUGUCGUAUUUUAGCGACACAAAGACUGUUUAUAAUCUAUAUUAAUGUCUUGCAAUGCAUAAAAGUUGAAGUGUGAAUCCCUUACGGUAGGUUUCAGUAAUGUCUCUGAACCCGCCUGCUGUCGGGCUUUGUCAGCUUUCAUUUCAGGUUUUGUGAUUCACAUCAAUUUAAAUCCACAGUCCUGUCUGACAUCACACUCUUCUGCAAAGAGGAUCUCAGACUUAUGUUAGACUGUCUGGUUGAGAGUCAGACCAUCAGAGCAACUCCACGCAGAAGUCAAAAGUUCAGACUGAAACUCUGAAACCUGCAGGUAGAAACAGAGAAACUUCUGCAAACAGGAGAGAAGUAAUACCAGAGAAGCUUAGGGAGCUGCAGGUGUGUGUGUGGGUUCUGGUUUUCUCUCUGGUAUCAGGACUCCAGAGGAGCUGCAUAAGUAAAACCCUUCAGCAGAUGAACUCUGACUGGUCCUGCAGCUUCAGCUGAGCUCACAGACUCUGAGGUUUACAUAAGAACUUGAAAAAGCCCUUGAAACCGUAAAGCUCCAGCUCUCCCUGUGCUCCUCAUGCUGCGUUCAGGUUUUGGUGGAGGCUUUUGUGAGCAGCUUAGGCUGUUUCUGGUGGUCCCUGUGGAUUAGCUGAAGCUCCCAUUACAACCCCUCCGAGCUGUUUGUACCUGAAAAAGACAGUCUGUACAUGAGAAAACUCUUUUAGGUCAUCUUCGGUUCAGACUGAACACCUGAAUCUCUUCCUCCACCUCCUCUCUAAUGAGAAACAGAGCAGGAUUGUGUGUGUGACGCAGAAUAUUUCACCCUCAUCCUCCUCAGCUGAAGCUCUGACAGCUCUGACAGCGGGUUUGUCGACUCUCAGCACAGAAAAAUGGGAUUCUGCUGAGUCUGUUGUGUCACCUCUUUUUGUCACUUCUGUCACACUUUUUCAGAGAAGUGCUUUAUGCCCCCCUGUGUACCGGAUACACAAACGUGCAGGCCACCACCCUGUUCUAGGAUGGUCAGAAGGACAGUUCAGGAGACAUAUCAGCCCUGGGGUUGCUCAUUCUCAUGUCACAGUCUGUCCUGUAUUGAUGUUUUCAACCUUUUGUCCCUGGAGAGCUGCUGUAAAGAGGUCACUGUUACCAUGGUUGGCUGAAGUCCUGUAAAAAGAAUGUACAGUGUGGACUGACAUUUAUCAUAGGGUGAGAUAAUUCAAUUUAAUUCAAUUUAUUUAACUUCAAGUUUUUGUUGAAAACAUUUGCAAGAGUCACAACUUCAGUGCAAAAGCAAAAAAACAAAUCCCACAUGGAUUAUUCACUUCAAUUUUUUGGCUUUUGAGAGUUUGCAUACAAAAAUCCUAAUAAAUCUCAACGGCGUUCAAACUACCCCAAAAAUGGCUAGAAAGAAGCAACUGAGUAAAGAAACAAAAGUGCAGAUUUGUACAUUGAGGAAAGAAGGGUACACAGAAAGGGAAAUUGCAAAACGCCUAAAGGUGUUUAACAAAGGAGUCCACUACACUCUGAAGAGACUAGACUCUAGUCUCUAGAGGAACCUGGAAGUUAUGAUGAUAGAAAAAGACCUGGACGAAAGAGAGUUACUACAAAAGCAGAGGAUAAACAUAGCAUUGUCACCAUUAAGAGAGAUCGGUGAAAGACAGCACCACAAAUAAGGGAGGAAAUCAACAUGACAAGGUCGAAACACAUAUCUCUGACAACCGUGAAAUGACAUUUGAGAAAGGCUGGUCUGAAGGGUUGUGUAUCUGCAAAAAACACUACUUCGUCCAUAGAACAAGAAAAAGAGAUAUGAGUGGGCAAAAGCUCACAAAAAUUGGACUUAUGAUGACUAGAAACAAGUUUGCACUGUUUGGUUCAAAACGCAGAGUCAAUGUCCGCAGACAAUCUGGUGAACGUCUGAAAGCACCAUGUGUUACACCCACAAUUCAGCAUGGAGGUGGUAGUUCCAUGGUAUGGGGAUGUUUUGCAGGUGAUGGAGUAGGAGGUUUGUUUUCAGUAAAGGGUAUAAUGAAGAAGGAACAGUACCACUCCAUCCUCCAGCACCAUGCUGCUCCAUCUGGACUAAGACUUAUGGCUCAUAAGUUUGUUUUGCAGCAAGACAAUGACCCUAAGCACUCUGCCAAGCUCUGUCAGGGUUUCCUAGACAAAAAAGAAGAGGAAGGUGUUCUUCAAAAUGGUUUGGCCCCCUCAGUCUCCAGACUAGGGCUGCAGCUAUCGAUUAUUUUAGUAAUCGAGUACUCUAUCGAUUAAUCUGUCGAUUAAUCGAGUAAUCGGAUAAGAAAUGUUUUGCUCUCACUGUAAUACUUUGCAUUGAAUCACGUUUGCCUCAUUAAAAACCAUCAGUAACACACAAAACUGAAAUAGGCCAGGUCUUUCAAAUGAAUAUUUUUACUGCAUAGUCACAACAAAUAAAAUGAUCCAUCUGUAACACUCAAAAAAAACAGUAUACAAGCCUAGCUUAGUCCUAACUGAAUUGGCAUCAUUGAAAAAUUGUGUUACAGUAUAUUUUUGUCAGGAACAGAUGUAAAAACAAGAAAAACAGCAUUUAACGGUUGAAAAAUGAAACGCUGUUUUUAAAUGUACCCAUGCAGUGAUGAGAAGGUGCAUCAAUAUUGAACAUGUGUGUAAUUUGCCCAUAUUCCAACUGAAAAAUAGCAGAUAAAUCUGCUGUAUAUAUCUGAAAAAUAUAUAUCUGCAAAAGUUUAAAUAUAGGCCAAAAACAGAUGCUCAACCUUUUAGGCUGAUAUCACCCUAUAUUGAUAGCAAAUAGAUAGUAUUUCACACCCUUAUUAAACAUAAAAUAAAUCUCAAAUAAAAUAAAAGUGCAGUAAGUGCCACUGGCAUUUUACAUUCUAGCUUUUACAGAAGAAUAACAACUUUGAAAUUCAAAGGCAUGUUGUCUAUAUAACAAAACACAUUUAGUGCAUUCAAGUGUUACACACUUAUUGGUUUUAAAAGGAGAAAACUUUGACUUGCAAAAAAACAUUUUAAAUGACCUUUUUCAAUAAAGGUAUAAAUGCAACCUAAAACAAAGGCACAGGAACAAGAACUGCUUUAAGCUGUGCAAGUCUCGGGCGUAACAUAAGUCCUUACUGCCCUCCUAGAAGGCUCCUUGGUCAUUAAGCAAAUGAAUAAGAUUGCAUGUGUUUUCCCAAGUUUUUAAAGAAGUCUGUGGUUGAAAUGAAGAAAAGUAAGCAUGUCAACAUGCUCAGAACUGAGGCUUGCCCUGCGCUUUGAUGCAAUGUUUCCUGCUGCUGAAAACAGACGUUCUGAUGGUGUAGAUGUUGCCGGGAUACACAGAAAGGUCUUUGCCAGCUUUGACAGAAGUGGAUAGCGUACUUCAUUUCUUUUCCACCACAACAGCGGAUUCUCUUUCCUGGAAAGGGGAUGUUCUCCAAAGUACAUCAAGACUUCCUUCUGCACAUUUUGGGUUAACUUCUGCUCCUCCUCUUCCUCAUCACUGGUGCUGGAGUCUGAUGAUCCCAGUAAGUGUUCAAUGAAUGAUGCACCACCUUUGGGAUAUGUUUCCAGGUUGUCCUGUGCUGUGUUGAGGGCAUCAUUUUCACUUGCAUUUGUCUGUCCUGCUUCUCUGCUGAUAGCAGUUGCCAUGUUUUGUACUGUGCUUUGAACUUUGAAUAUUUCGUCGGAGGCUAGGAACUUAAGUCUCCUAAACCUUGGAUCCAGGGCAGCAGCGAGGAGGACAGUGUUUGGAGAUUCAGGCUGAAACACAGACAGCCCCUGCCAUCUUUCUGUGAUCUGUUCUGUUGCAUGGGUCUGGUAAGACUGGACUACUGACGUCUCAAAAGCUAAACUUUGAAUCGACUUCUUCAGGCUUAGCACUAGCUGUGGAAGUGCAGAGAGGGUUACAUACUCUUGCCCACUGAGAAACACUGAAGCUGUUUCAAAUGGCUUGAGAGCCUGGCUCAGCUCCUCAAUCAUGUUCCACUGUUCAGGCUUGAGAUCAAGGUAGUGUUUACCUCUUGGUGUCACUGCAGGAUCGGACAAAGCAGCAGUCACUGGCCAUCUCUGCUCCAGCAGCCUAGACAGCAUGUAAAAAGUACUGUUCCAGCGAGUACUUACAUCUUGAACCAGCAUGUGCUCUGGUGUGCCCAUUUGCUGCUGCUUGUUCUUCAGCUUAGUGCAUGCCAGUUCGCUCUUCUUAAAAUGUUCAACAAGCGAUCUUGCUGCAGCUACGCACUUGGAGAUUGCUGGAUUGUUUUUCAGAGCACUUUGCACCACCAAGUUUAUAGUGUGACCUGCACAUCGCACUGAUGCCCAUCCAUGCUUUUCGGUCAAAAUCUUAACCGCUGCGACAAUGUUGGCACCGUUGUCAUGGACAACAGCUUUGAUCUUCUUCGGUGGAAUGUCAAAUUUGGCAAUGACGUCCUCAAGCCACUCUGCAAUAUUUGCAGCUGUGUGUCUCUCUUCCAGAUGCAUUGUUGUCAGGCUAUGGGACUUCACUUCCCAAUCCUCUCCAAGAAAGUGACCCGUCACCCCUAGAUAAGCCUCUGUAGCAACACUGGUCCAAAUGUCAGCUGUGAGAGCAAUGCUGUCACACUUUUUAAGAAUGUUCGUCAACUUGGCUUUGAUUUCUUCAUACUUCUUCUCCAUCAAUUUUGUAAAGUAGGUUCUUGAGGGAAGUGUGUACUUGGGAUUGAAAGUAGAAAUCAUCUUCUGAAAUCCCUCAUCCUCCACCAUGGAAAGCGGGCGCAUGUCUGAGACAAUCAUGUUUAGAAUACUGUCGGUGAACUCAGCUGCUUGCUCGGUUGAACACGGUGGAGGUCGCCGCACAAAGCUGUCCAGAGUUUGGCUCUUUGAAGAACUGAAAAAGAGUCCAAUUGAUAUUGAUAUUAACAUAUGUCUAAUGGUGUAAACAUUUUAUAACUUUUUUUUAGUUUGUUCUGUUUAUAUUGUUUAUGAAGUUCUAUUUUUUCUCUGGAUCAUUAUCUUGUUUUUUUAGUAAAGUUUUGAGUUUGGUUAUUUUAUUUGGCUUUUACUUAUCUUGCGAAAUUACUAAAAAAAAUAAUAUCAUACUCAGAUACUACAAUAAGUCAGCUAGUUAAUGCACAUUAAUCCAAUAGUGUAAAUAGUUUUGAACUUUAUAAGUUUGUUCUAUUUAUAUUGUUUCUUAAGUUCUCUUUGUUUUCUCUGGGCCAUAUCUUGCUUUUUAGUAAGUUUUUUUUAGUUUGGUUAUUUUUGUAUUAAUUGUAUUCAUAUUAAUUGAGUUCAUUCUUAGGUCUAUUCACAGCCUUUGCUGCUAAGAAAACGCUAAUUUCCAUACUGCAGAUCUAAUUCAUCUUGUUUAAUUUCUAAAAAAUAUAUAUACACUUUUAUAUACUAAGACAAUUCAACUAGCCCAUGCACAUUUAUUUGAUGGUGGAAAUAUUUUUUUAACUUUUAGUUAGUUCUGUUUAUAUUGUUCUUGCAGUUCUCUUUUUAUCAGAGUCAUAUCUAGUUUUUUUUUUAGCAAGCCUUUAGUUUUGGUUAUUUUUAUAUUAUUAUUAUUAUUAUUAUUAUUAUUAUUAUUAAUAGUAGUAGUAGAAGUAGUAGUAUUUGUAUUCAUAGUUAUCUCUCUUUACUGUAUUUAUGCCUUUACUGCUGUCAUAAUGUUUAUUUCCAGGCUUUGGAUCUAAUUUUACUUGUUUAAUUAAUAGGCUGAAAUAAUAUAAUUCUUGGAUACUAACAUAAUUUGACAAGCAAAUGUAUAUUUAUUCAAUAUAUAAAAGUGUUACAUUUUUAUUUACACUGUGAAGCAGCCUUUAGACAGCGCCAUAAAUUAAAUUACAUUAUGUACUGGACUUAAUCUUGAUUAUUGAUCACAUUGAUUUGUUUUAACUGCAACUGCUUAGUAUCGUGAACAUUACCUUGUUGUGGCCAGUCCGCUCUGCGGACUUAAUGCAUGGACCGCCGGGUGUUUUCUCUUGAGGUGCUGCAGCAUUGACGAAGUGCUAUUGUGAAAAGCCAAGUCCGCCUUGCAGUGAACGCACUGCACGGCGUUUUCUUUUCUUCUCAAUGUGUAAUGGUCCCACACUUUAGACAUUUUCUGCCUUUUCUUCUGCGUGCCACCUCUGUCUUCCUCUCUCUGUCUGUCCUCGUUUCCCUCCAUGAUUGAACCACAUGCGCGUCAGCGGAAGGAGCGGAAAGAGCACGCUGCUGCGCAACAGAAAUAACCGUCCGUGUCAAACACCGUGCGCUGCACAUGGUUCCGGAUUUAAACGAUUCCUCGAGGCAUAUAAUUUGCCUCGAGGAAUUUUAUUAAUCGAGUUACUCGAGUUACUCGAGUAAUCGUUUCAGCCCUACUCCAGACCUUUCUCCAAUUGAGCUUGUGCGGGAUGAAUUGGAUCGAUCGGUCAGAAAAACGCGUCCCACGAAUCAGCUGUCUUUUUUUGAUGAACUUAAGAAAGCUUGGAAUGCAAACCCUGGAACAUACCUUAAAAAAACUCGUGGCACGAAUGCCUGGUAUAUGCCAAGCUGUUGUUAAAGCCAGAGGAGGUUACUUUAAAGAAAGCAAAGUCUAAGCAACAAUAACUCAAAUACUUAAUAAUUUUAGUCAAAAUGUCUUCUGAUAAGUUACUCUUUACACAAUAAUCAUGUUUAUUGUGUUGCAAAUUAUAUAUAUGAAACUAUGAUUCUUUUUUGUACAAAUCUGAUCUUUCUUCCGAACUUUUGGCCUGUAGUGUAUGUCUAAGAGGACAUGGAGCUGUGUACAGUGCAGGAGCAGUUCCAACAAUGUUGGAAAGUGUAAGUAAAAUCACUGCUGUUUGAUUGUUCAACAAGAAAGACUCAAGAUGGGCACUCCUCUCUCCUCCUGCACCUCUUCUUACUUCUCCUCUCUCCUCCUGCCUCCCCACUCCUUCUCUCCCUGUUCUCCUCUCUCCUCCUCCCUCCUCCUUCUUUUUUCUGCCUGUCAUGGAUUUGAUGUUGAACAGAGUUCUGUCAAAGUUACCUGAGGCUGCAGGUGAACAUCCUCAGCCUAAACAGUGAGGUGUAGUCCAUCUCAGAAAGAAGAAGGGGGACUUUGAAGGUUUCUUUUACAGGACUACUACCACCUUAUCAAGCCUGAGGAGGCUGCUUUGUUUGUUGUGUUUGGAUGCUUCACCCUGAAAAUGACUUCAAUGUUUCCUCUCACUCCUGACAUCUGCUCAAGAUGAGAGAAGAAAGACUGAAGUCAAAUCUCCAUAUUUAAGGAUAGAAAGAGUGUCCUGGUGCUGUUUGUGAGGCUCAGAGUGGAGUUCACAGCAUUACUGGUCCCCUCAGGUGUGAAAGCAGCAAGUGUGCAGGAUGCAGUGGGCUGCAGAGCCUCCGAGCUGUGAUGACUCCCCUCAGGCGGGAUUAGGUGAAUGGAUGAAGAGAAUUGGCCUGAGCCCAUGACGGCCGUCUGGACUGAUGCCCAAUGCUACACUGCUGGAUAUUAUAAUUGGCUCCUCCUCACGCUGCGACUGUGUUCAGAGUUCAAUCAGGACUCUGAGCUAGUCUGGGAAAGAACUGUCACUCUGUCCACCAGCUAAAAAUAUGAGCAGCUGCUAAAAAAAGAAGGGAGUCCUGACUGAGUGGAUGAGCCAAAGUAACUCUGCAGAGGAAGAAGAAUCUGCAACUUUUUUAUGGUCCUUCAGUUUUUUAUACAAUGGUUAUUAGACCAAUACACCUCUGUAUGACAUGCAGUGUAAACCAGACCAUCAUCAAGAACAUAAGGUUUAAGAUUUUAAUGUCAGAAACACUGCUGCAGGAUUGAGACUAAUUAAAGGGCCUUUCUGUAAAAUAACUGCUAAACAAUACACAAGCAGGACAGGGGAUAGGGACAGUUUUAAAGGUCAGGUGAAAAUUUUGUCGCACAGAUUUUUACUGGGUCAUACCUGGACCAUUACCUCUGAUAUUCUUUUCGCAUUUUUACUUUUCAAACCUCAUUUCUUGCAGCUCUGAUGCUACAUUAAGCAGAUCACCAACUGAGUUUCCCGCCACUUUACACACUCAAACCUGAUAAUAAAUAGUGAAGCUGGAUGGUUGCUAAGGGAAUCACAAAUCCUAAGUGAGUAUAAAGAAAGAGUGUGUGCAGGCUGUCUGCUCUAAAUCAAAGACAGGAUCUUCAGCAUCAGCUUCAUGCAGGUGUGUGAUGAGGGAGCUGAGAGGUUUCGUCAGAUUGACUCUGCUGUGAGUUCCUCCGAGCUCAGUGCUCAGCCGUGCACAGCCAUAUGAUGUCUCCAUUACCUGUGUGACACACACACACACACACACACACACACACACACACACCACCUGCUGUCUGUGCACUCUGCAGGGUCUCUGCUUCAUGUGAGAUUCUGCUCUGAUUGGUUUGUUGACUUUGCGGUGGUUAGUCUGCAGUUCUCUUGUCCCUCCCUCAUCCUUCCUGUCUUAUUGGUGUUAACGUUUAUGGCGAGGAGACUUAGCGGCUCAUCAUAUCUACUGUGCUCACUGUACAGCAACUGAUUUCAUCAUGACAGAAACUCAGAGGCUAAAAUCUCACCUCACUGCGGGGGAGUUUAGUUGAGAUGUCUUUCAUGUCAGUCUGUUUCUGCAGUUUCAGUGAAUAGACAGAAGAGCAUACUUCAGUUAGUCAGCUCAGGACUGCACAGACACAGCUCCAAUAAUAAAAGCUGAUUAGAAUAAUAUUGAAAUCACAGUGAUUGAGAUUGUCAUGAAUUCAGGGACAAACACUGUGGGUACUUUAGGCCACUUUUAGACAGAAAUGGUCUCCAUAGAAAACGGAAAAGUGCUGUUUUGUUUUCAGUUUUUAUGCUGUGUUUACACAAAAAAGCAAUGUGGUUGAAAAUUCUCUAGUGCGCAUGCCAGGUCGCUAGGUGGCGUGCGUUGGUGCGACCGCGCUCCCAUAUAGACCAACAACGCAUACGUAGAACAACUUCCGUUCUACUUCCUAGACACAUUAAUUGUUUGAUGCAAAUAAUUCAGACGCCUCCUCUUCUGAGCAGUAUGAUCCGUGAGGAUUCUGUACAGGUUGAAAUUGAGCUCCUGCCCGUUUAAUAAUAACGACAGCGCGACUUGAAUGUCUAGCAUGGUUGUUGUUGUUAUUUCAAGGAAGCUGCGCAUAGCUAUGAUGUCAUAAGCGUGAGCCGACGUGAGCCAGGAUGUCACAGGUUUGACUGUGUUCAGCGUUUUGUACUUUAGACGAAAGCGGGACUAGCAAAGCGUUUACAACAUUUCCACUCUGCAGGGGGUUUUCACUCUGUUACGUUUUCAUCUCAUGAAAACGCAGUUGCCGUCUAAACGGACCCCCCAAACGAAACUAAAUUAUUCUGUUUUCUAUGGACACCGUUUCCGUCUAAAAGUGGCCUCAGUUUCAUCUUGUGCCACUUUCCUACUAAUGCACACAUCUGUGCAGAGUAACACUUGUACAAAUCUGAUAAAAUACUCAAACAGAAGUCAAACAAAAACAAAAACACAAUUAGUUUUCUUACGAGCAUUGCAAUCAGCGAGCACACACGCUCGUUCUGUGAUCGUCCUCUCUAUUUUUUAAGCCUGGCCUGCAUAGCGGGGCUCCGGGGGCAGCGCUUGGCUUGGUUACGUAUGACAUCUCACUGUGCCUGAACCUGCCAUUUGGGUCUGCCAGAGAUUCACAGCGAUUUGAAUGAAUAAAUACUCAGAAAUGCAAUUUCGCACUUCUUUUUCUCAUGAUAUGUCCUGUAGCAUCAGAAAAAUGCCAUAUGAACAUGUAGACAAAGAAAACAUGAUUUUCAUCUUGUUCUUCAAGAUUUUCAAACUUCAUAUCCAACAAUAGAAUGAUAAGUUUGAUUUGGAGAUGAUAUUAAAAACUACUGUUCAUCACUCAGUAAACUUUGAGAAAGGAUUUUUGACAGAAUGAUCUGUCUGUUGUAUUCGUGAAUUUGUGAAAAAAUAACAGCAGGACUUAUAGGUGGUGCCAUGCUCUGUUUCUGCAAGUUUUACCCAUUCACUGCAGAUCAUGUGACUACAUAUCACAAUAUCAGUUAAACCUCUUUAUUUCCUCCGGACUGAAAACUUCAAGUUUUUUUCCACAAAAUGAAAAUUGCAGAUUCACAGAAAUACAUGCAAACUUGAUAUUCUGGGAUGAGAUUUUUCAGUCCAGAAGUUCUUUAAAUUCUUAAAAAUCAGUGAAAAGGUGCAAGCUGGAGACAUCCAAUCUAAAUUCAAAUCAUGUAAAGUCUGCAGAUUUGUCUUUAUCUUUAAGCUGAUGGACAAGAGUCUGAUGCACUCAUGCAGACACUCAGAUUCAGGAAACAUUGCCUUAAUGUGCCGUAACUGUAACUUUCCUGACCAAGUCAAAGUGCUUUACAAAAAGGAGAUGAAUAAUGAUGAUGACGGUGCAGUGUGCAGAAAUAAUGCAGACUCAGCGUGUGUCUGUGUGGGUCAGAAUAAUCAAACAGCCUUUCUCUGCUCCUCUUUAUAAUUCAGCAGCAGAAACAGUCCCUUCAGUUUUACAGAUAUAAAGAGAUGCAGAAACAUGAGUCUGAGUCAGUCUGUGUCUAUCCUCUUGUAUUUCUUCGAUAGAAACUUCUCCGACAGUUUAACAGACUGUGUGCAUUCGUUCUUCAUUCAUCAUCAGCUGACUGUUUUGCCAUCUUACACUUUCAGUUUAGGGCGCCAGUGUCAGAGUUUGACUUUUUCACAGGAAGCUUUAAAUCCUCAAACCUGAGGCUCUGAGCUCACCUUUAACCCUAAAGGUGACUGUAUGAACCUUUACACUAAGAGACAAGAGAGACGGUCCAUGAUUAUGUUAAUAGAUGUCAGUCAUAUAAAGAUGGCUGUCCAGGUAUCAUCUGUGUGCAGUUAACACAUGUAUACUUUUCAAAACUUCACCUGCUGCCACGUCUGUUCAGCAGACAGUAUCUGUGCUGAGGUAGUCAGGUAGGACUGCACUCUAAAAACUGACCCUGAGAGCUGAAAGAGUCCAUUCCUGUCAGAAUUCUCUGACUUUUCAUCAUAGGAGAAGAAGGAUCCAGACCUGCUCUGACAGGUGAGAUGGAUCACAGACAAACUGAGCAUGAUCAGUCACUGUAGAUUUUUAUAGAGUGCAGCGACAAGAAACAGCUUGAUGCUGAGAGUGUUGUGCUCGGACGCUGAGUGCUGAAGCACUAAACUGCACUGGUGCAAACACACUGGCCCUCAUUUAUCAAUCUUGCGCAGAUCUGAGUGCAGAUCUGUGCGCAGGAUUCAUCCUAUGAUAGGACACGUUUGAGAUCUAUGAAAGGGUUCGUAUCUGACCAAUCCCAGUGUACGUAUGGUCGGGUCUUGGUUGAAAUCGAUCGUCAUUAACAUGUCACACCUUUAAAUAUUUGUGUUCAGAAGCCUCGCCCACUGAGGUCAAACAUGAAAGAGGAGAAAUAUUAGAAUGAUGCGAAACUUUUCCGAGCUGAAAGUGGAUAUCCUCACAUCUGUGGUGGAAACUAACUUGAUGAUGCUUUGGAAGCAUCAAAACUGGUAUAAAAGCAGUCCAGAAAACUCCUGUCUGGAGCAGGAUUAUGUUGGUGGUGAACAGCGCUGCCACGGAAUAGUGGACAGUGGCUGAAGUUUGAAUAAAUCAUGAGUCAAUAAGUUGCUCAUGAUGAUAAAUUAAUAUCUCAUACAUGCCUCAUAUUUUUUUAUUGCUAUGACAUAGAGUACGUUGCUCCUCUUAUUGAAAGUAUUUAGUUUUAAUUUGUUGCGUCUGUGUAAUGUAGAGCAGACUGGAGAGUCUGACAGAGGCUGAACCAAAACAAUUAUUAACCUCACCAAACGGUGUGUUGCUGCCCCUGAGGCACUUUUUUUAUGCAUUUCUAUUGGAUUUUUAUCACUGAAUAAAUAGCAAGAGCACUUUCUAAACUUAUAUUUUACAUGUCAGAAUCCAUCAAUAAGGUCCUGUCUCCUCUGUACAGCACCUUUGUGGAGUCUCUCCUCGUUAUUAUUCUCCGGGCUUCGGGUCCUCACGUUGCACCGGCACAGCCAACAGCACUCCAUUCACCAGUGCAACAUUGUGCAAAACUGUACUGGCCCAAAUGAUGUGCCACACCCUUUCAGGAGUGUACAACAACUUCCCCGCUACUGGGCCAAGAUAGAGACACCUGCCUUUUAGGAGUCAAACGCAGCGCUCCACAGUGGCGAGUGUGCGUGUGCGCGCAAUGUUAAAACGGCUCUUCUGCUCUGUGGCAGUGUUUCUGGGCAGAGUUAUCAAAUAGGCCUAUUCACCAAGGACAUAACAAAUUUGUUUUAUUUUAAUGUGUUUACGUCUUAAUCUUCAAUGAAAUCCAGUUGAUUGUGCUUAAUGACAGGUUUGAGGUUUGUAUAUCAAUUAUUUGAGACAGACAUUUGCUGAACCGCAGAUCCACACUGACUCAAACUUGCGUACACGAUGUCAGACCUGUUGUGAGAUUUGGUCGUAGCGUACGCUCACGUGCAAAUUGAUAAAUGCCGAUCCUCACGUCAAAAUUGUCGUACGCAAGUUUUCUGCCGUACGCUAGCUUGAUAAAUGAGGGCCACUGUCGGGUGAGUUAGGAUGACAUUCAGAUUGAAUAUAAUCUGUCUAAAAUGUGUUAAAGCCAGAUACUGUCUGUUUUGUCUUAAGUGAUCUGCCCUAACCCAAGAUGGUACCAGACUUGUUAUUUCCUUUCAUGGUUUCAUCCAAGACCCCCAACACUUCAAUCACUGCUCCACUCUUUCCUGCCGUGGACGUAUAAUAAGAAAUCACUUGUGCAUGUUCAGAGCAGAGAGACCAAUGAUCAUGAAAAAAGACCUUCAGCUCUGGCAGGUAAAGAGUCACUGCUUUCUUUGUUUGGAAGACAUCAUCCUCAUCUACCUAACUGAGCUCUGCUGUUGCUCUGUAGCAGCAGACAUAAGAUUUCUUUAUUUCCUAACUCAAGACGAUUUUUUUUACAAACCUCAAAUGGUUCCCCAAUGUGACAAAAACCUGACUGACAAAUUUGACAACAACACACAGUGCAAGUCCUUAAUUGGAGCCUCACACACAUGCACGCACGUACGCACGCACGCAGGCACGCACACACAGAAACACCCUCAGUGCGGGGGCUUUUAGCAGCAGACAGACAGGGACAAGCGUGUCGUGCUUACUGUGAUGUUUUCAGGCCCACAGUGCAGCACCGAUCCAUUAAUGCAUUAAUGAAGGAUUAAUCCUCUGGAAAAUAAACCCACCAAAGCUGCUGUUUUAUAACAAAGCAGCUGUGUUCCCCCUCUCUGUCUCCGAGUGUGUGCGGGCUCUCUAACGCCUCUGCAGGGCCUGACAGACCUUCACCCUCUGAGCUCAGUCUGCAGGUGAGCAAGCAGCAGGUAUCCCCUCAGGAGUGAAGAAGUCAGAGGAGAGGCCUGGCACACUCGCUCUCUGGUCAGAAACGAGUUGAGGGUGUUCACAUUGGGCAGAUCUGUCUGCUAACUUUUUCACACACUGAAACAGGAGAGAUGAAAAAAUUCAACUCAGAUUCUUUGUUCAAACUCUAUCUGCAUGGUUGAUGCAAUAAACACAGAGUUUUGCAUUGAUAUUUCGCAGCCUACUUGUGAAAUCAAAACACAGGCUCGAUCUGGAGCUCAGUCUUUUUUCAGUGAUUUCAGAGACGACAGGGAAGAUUAGCAUCUUUAAAUCCACUCCAAACUUAGGGACAGCAGACUGAUGAACUCAGACACCCAUGAGGCACUGAGGACAGACUGAACACGAAUUGAUGUAACCUCUUCUUCAUAUUUGUUUAAGGCAGGCGACAUAUCCUUAUUUUGAUGCAUUACACUAUGCUGCUCUGUGGAAUGGCUGUUCUGCCUUCAGGUUGGCUGAUGUCCCUGUUAGAAAAAAACCAAAAAAAAAACCCUUCCUUUUUUACUUCUGCACUUUUUUCUUCCUCUCAAUCAUCUCCACACUUGUGGUCGUCUGUUUCUUUGAGCUGUGAGGUUUUCUUUUUUCCUCUUUCUCCCAUCAAACCAUCAGCCGAUGUUUGGAGCUGCUGAGCUCCAAUUAUCACUUCCCCUGAGACUCUGAUCUGAUGUUUUUGUUCAUCACUUAUAUCAGAUGUUUUAAAACUUACAGCAGAACAGCUUCUGAACAAAGACCCAGAGAGAAAUUGAACAGGGGAGAGUAGGUGUUGAUUACCAUUCUCCCUUUCUGGAUUAUUUCACUUUCCCCUCUGCUGAAUCCCAUUUUCCUGUCACACAUCGUUCUAUAUUUAAUGCUAUUUCCAAUCCUAAAGGGACUCUGACCUCUGACCUGCCCCCUCCAAGUGCUGUUCAAAACGUUUGGUCCAGAAUUUAUUUAAUAUUGCACUUCCUUCCCUCCAUACUCUCAGACAGCUGCAUUUAGGUUAAGUUCAGAAUUGAGCAGCUUUUAUUCAUCCCUCAGCUGCUGUGAAACUCGAGCAUGCUGGGAGAUUUCUGCUGAAUUUUGAAGGGAAACAUAAAGUUGCCUGUUAAAGUUAGGGUCUCCUCUCUCAGACCUGCAUGUCUCGUUCAUGUUUGUGUGAUUUGUUCCUGCUGUGUCUCAGUCCUUUAACACUUGGACUCUCUUUUAUCACUUCUGCAGCAGUCAGACAUCUGCAGCUCUGUGAUCACAGUGAAUUUGUUUAGCUUUAAAAAUGUUCUCUGCUGUGAGGACUCACAAUGUUCAGGAUUAAUGUUGCUGCUCUGAGAUGCAUCAUAAUGUGCUUCUGUCCUCCACAUACUUUAUACCAUACUGUGAGUGAAAGGCAGCAGCAGAGGAAGGCGGGUCAGCAGGUUAGGACUCACUCCGCUCUCUAAAUGAAGCACACAAAGAGAAGUUUAUCCGUCCCUAACCUCUUUUCACAGCCUACAGCAGGAUUCAACUCUGAAGAUCGGCAUGUAGACAGCAGGCGUUUUCUGCAGGCAGAGCUCAGAGCUUUUCGGUCUGUGCAGCUCCCAGUAUCACUGUGAGUUCAGUUUACAGAGCCCAGCAAGAGUCCUCAUAUACUCCUUACUCCUGAUCAAGGAGAGGGCUCCCUCAUUGUAUUUCUAUUCAAUACAAUACAAGAACUUCAUUUUUUCUAAAAGGGAAGUUCAUUUGUCUGGAAUCUCAUGAAAAGUUUUCUCUGGUAGGACAGUUAAAGUUGGGGUAGGCAGGAUUCUGUGAAAGAAGCACCUUUUUUGUGUUGUAUAUACAAAUAAGCUUUUAAUAUCAGUCAGUAGCCAUCAGUUAUUGAUGACAUUUGGUAAGAUAAUGAAAUCACUGUUUUGUUAUGCCUGUGUAGUCAACAUUUUAAAAUUGUUGAGCGGCCCGCUCUUUCUGACUGUAAACAAAGCAAUUCUCUGCCUCCCCCAACCUGAUUGGUUGUGAGGCGGACACUGCUCCUUUGUGCUGAUUGGUUGUGUAGCAAACAAGACAACCCUGUGUGUGAAACUCACACAUUCCUCACAGGAAAGGUUCCUGAUCUGGUCCCAGGGCUCAGGAUAACAUAAAUCUUUCCAGACUUGUUUGCACUUUCAGAUUACCUAACUGACCCGAUCGGAGGUUGACCUAAACCUCUGGCUCUUCAUGAUUGGUCAAUUCGUAGAACAGAGACAGAAUUUUAUUACCUUUCAAACUGACUCCAUCGCUGACCAUCUAAGUAAUCAUUCAUGCCUCAAUCAUGCCAUUUGAUAUUUACCGUCUUAACGGACCCCAAGGAAAGGUCUGAGGAGCAGGACACUGACCUCCAGACCUCAGUCGUAAAACCCUGCUCAGCCAUGUAUUGAUAAAAACUGCAUACCUUUGGUGAAAAAAUACAAAUGACUGAUCAUGACAUCUUAUGCAUUCAGUAAUGUACUAAUCUGUCUAAUUUUGAAAUUUGUGUUAAAAUGAGAUGUUUCCCGUUUUUCUAUGUGCUCCAGAAGCCAAGUUAUCACUCUGACAGAAUAAAUCCUUUAUUCUUUAGUUUCUUUAGACCAACAGCUUUUCAGACUGUCUCAUGAACUUUUAAGAGUUAUUUAUUAGACUAUGAAUCAUAACUUUACUCUAAGUAACAGAAAUAGUUUAGAAAUGUUUGGUUUAUAUUCUAAUCAUUUAUUCAGUAUUUUUAACCAUUAGGUGGUUAUAAAGUCAUUGAAUAAUCUGAAUGUGAGUAUUUAGAAUCCAUUAUUAAUCAUGAUGAAGUUCAUUCACACGUGUUUACUCUUUUGUUGUUCACAGUUUCUAUGUGUUACUAUCUGUUUCAUUUCAGAGUAAUUUAGCAUGUUCAAUAUGAUACUUAAAACAUAAUGAGAAUGUUUGAGGUGAUCCUACAUGUCAUUCACAUGUGUUUAGUAUCAAACAAUUUAUCAUGAAACCAAGCAUUCAAUGAUAUUAAUCAUAUUGAGUGAGUAUCAGAUCUGACUCUUUUACCAGCCAAAAGUAUAAGUUAGAUCAAAUAAUCAGAGAUCCAAGAGGUCUCCUCUGCAGCAGGAGACCCCACGACCCCUCCUCUUUCUUCUCACUCACACACACCAGAGACACUCCCAGUGUGAGAAGAUAAAACCAGAAAGUGGGGUUGCUCACAUGCUCUUUCUCUCUGGUCCUUUUCGCUCUCUUCUGCUCAUGCUCUUCUGUGUUCCUCUUCUUUGUUUUCUCUUAGCUCUUACUAUUUAGUCUUACUUUUUCUUAGUCUUCUAAGUUUUACGCCACGUGUUCAUUCACGUUGAUUUUUCUUUAACAUCGUCUUAGUUCAAGUUUUGAAACUUCAACUUUUUGUGCGCAUUGCAAUUUAAGAUUAAGCCUUUGAGGGGAAACUGUCUGGGAGGGAUAGUGUUUACAUUCAAGAUUUCUCCCAAAAAAUGGCACUUCCUCAGAUCCUGACAACCCAACCUUUAACAAAUUGUGUAAAUUCAGUCGGGUGAGUGGAGAAGGUGACAUGGUCAAAGGUCAAAUUAUUAAUUAAAUAGCGCCUUAGGAUGUUGAGUAUGUUGAGUGUAGCAACAGAAUCAUGAUGAGUUUGUGGAUGCAGUGUUUAACUGUGUUCACAGUCAAUGGUUUUUGAAGUGAUUCUGAGCCCAUGCAGUGACUCCCACUCUAGAGUCUUGUCUGAUUAUAAUGUAGUGCUGCCUGAGGACCUGAAGACCAGGACAAUCCAGUCUUGAUUUUGGUUCUUGUCCUUUUAGAACAGAGAUUUCGCCAGAUCCUCUGAAUCUUUGAAUGAUAUGAUCUUCUGUAGAUGAUAAAAUCCACUCAUUCUUUCAGUUUGAAUUAAAAAUAAGAGUAAGAAGACCUUAAAAAUAACUGAAGUCUGUAUUCUUAGACCAGUCCAACUUAUUAUCCAGAUGUACACCUAGAUGUUUAUAUGAUGUCACCACUUCAGUGUCCACUCCACAGGUGUUCACUGGCUGAAGAGGGGGUUUGGAUCUACGGAAGUCUAUGACCAUCUCCUUUGUCUUUGAGGUGUUGAGGAGGAGACUCCAGUCACUGAAGGCUCUUAUCAGAUCUCUGUAUUCAGCUUCUUAUUCAUCUCUGAUACAUGCCACAAUAGCAGUGUCAUCUGAGUAUUUCUGGAUAUGGCAGGACUCAGUGCUGUAUUUGAAGUCUGAUGUAUACAGUGUGAACAGGAAUGGCGCCAGCACUGUCCCUUGUGGAGCCCCUGUGCUGCUUAUUAAUGUCCUAGAAAUACAGUUUCCUAGCCUGACAAACUGUGACCUUCCUGUCAGGUAAUCUGUGAUCCAGGAAACACAGGCAGGAUCCACUCCCAUCUCUGUGAGUUUGUCUUUGAGUAUGGGGGGUUGGAUGACACACAGUCUCACAGUCUAAUAUCUUUAUGUACUGCACACACAGUGAAACAUGUUCUCUGCUGUUAACAUCCAUAAAGGCCACUGUUGGUGUGUUUAAUGUGUGCGGCUGGCUGUGAAUAAAUGAGCUGAUUUAUGAAAGUGUGUUUGCAUUUUAGGAGAGAAGAUCUCAUUACCUGAAGGUCAUUGUGCAUCAUCUCUGCCUGAGUAUCUACCUGCUGUCCUAUUUACGACUUCUCAUCCUGUAAUCACAGUCACUGCUUCACUCUCUCGACACUUUUCUGGUUGGAGCAUUUUCAGCAUUGUGAGAUUGUGAGGUUUUUUUUGUGCCAAACUCCAUAGACCUGGAGGAGGUGCUGGAUUAUUAUGAGAGAGCAUGCCUAUCUUUUGUUGUUAGAUCAAAUGUUAGCUAUAAAAGUUUUGAACGACUGAACAGGCCUCUUUUUUUGCUUCCCUCCCCGGCUGCUGCAGACUUGCAGGAUUGUGUGGAGCGUUAUUUGAAGUCUUGUGUGAACAUAAAUGCCUGCUCAUAAAAGUUCUCCACAGUGAAAACGACCUAAAUAAAGAUGCUCGCUCUCCUCCUCCUCCCCAGGUCCAUAACACCUUCAUCAGAUUGUAGCGGGUGAUGGGAACAGCUGGAGGUGCAUUAUGGUUAAAAUAACUCAAGGAUGGGAUGGAGAGCAGACAUUUCUCGGGUGUUUUUGUUCAGAGUAAAUCCCAGCAGAACGAGUGGUCAUAUUUUCAGCCUGGCUGCAGUCUGACCUCCGUCUCUCAUCCUCUUACAGCUGAACUCCAUGCAUGCACACACACACACACUCACACACGUGUGCACAUGCACACACACAGACACGCUGGGCACAGAGCUGAUAAAAAUACAUAAGAAAGUAUGGUCACAAAAAGUGGAUUCUCUGCCAUCUUUAUCAGUAAUGAUUUACUCUGACUCUGUCUUUUUAUUUUACUUUAGAUCAAAAACAGCCUCAUCUGAAACGCUAAGUUUUUGCUGCUGUCUCUUUAAGCCCCCCCCACACACACACACACACACAAAAACACAAACCUAGUUUUCCUCUGAUUGGCCACCAGCUAAGAGGACAGUGCUUGAUGUUUUGGCCCCGCCCCCUCUAUUGUGUUCAAUUAGUAGAACAGCAGAGCAGCGUUAUCCUGGCUGAGCCAUCCUGUUGCGUGAGUCACUUGACGUUCCUUCCCACAACAGUCUGGACUUCGGCCCAUUGGAAGCCCUGAAUGUGGGCUGGAGUACUUUCCUUGAUAGACAGACUACUGUAACCAAUCACCGUAACCAAGCAUCUGACAUCAUCACAGAUGCAUGGUUACGGUGAUUGGUUACAGGAGUACAUGGACCAAUCAGGGGCUGCCUUUUCCUGUUGUCCGGGUAACAGUGAAAACACGGUCUCUGAUUGGCCCGGUUAUUUUCUGAUCGGGCAUACACGCUCUCUAUGGGCCGAAGUCCAGACUGUGGUGGGAAGGAACAUCAAGUGACUCACGCAACAGGAUGGCCCAGCCAGGCUAGAGCAGCGUUACCCGGCUCUGCUGUGGGUGUAACCCAUAGACUGUAUAUACUACGGAGAACUUUGCUCUACCUUCUGUCAUUAUAUGUAUUUGUAACCAAAUUGCUCUCAGUAUUACCUGGAUUUUCUCCACUUCCUGGCAUCACCACUUGCACAGUAGCGUUCUACACAUCCAGCAGGAGAGUCAUUGUGAUGAUGCGCGGCUCAAACAGCGUAUCCCUGGGUGAGCUAUGGGAUCUUCGAAAACACGAACCCCCUAAUAACUUUUAAAAUGGAGCUGUACAGAAAAAAUAGGACUUGAGCACAAACCAGUCUUACAGUAACUACAUGUCAACAUCACAACCAGGGGGAAGAAAAAAUUUAUAUUCUGUGCAAUUAAUUCCUAAAGUUUGUCCACAGCUCCAUAGGGAUUGCUGGAGGAGGCGGGGUGUAUGACCUAUCCUGCAGCCCAUCACCAGAGGGUGCUGUUCUCGCGGUGGCUUCACCCAGCGAGAAGGCAGACAUGCCCCUAAAUGAUGACAUGUUUUUCCCACCCUGAAUGAAAGCAGGUCAACCCUGAAACAGCUGUUGGUCAACCAUCAUGGGUUUUUUAAUGACUGAUACUGAUGAUGCUGAUAGAAGAUGCUGAAACCACAACUUUCAAAUAUAACAAUGUAAUAUUAACUACAUAACUCCAAGCUCAUUACAAUCCAAUAUUUGUAGUUCUGCUUCAGAUGGCUUUAAAUGAACUCGUGAGGUGGAAGAAAAACCUGAGGCGGUGCUGUCAGUCAGAACAUGACAUAUUUUAUACCUGAGGCAACGUUAAAAUCUAUUACUUUACUAAUCAGAACAGAAUAUCUAUCAAAUCUUUGUCAGUACCUGUUAGAGUUAAUAUGCUGUCAGUUACUGUGUUCUUAUUUCACAGGAUGAGACUCCACAGCAGCUACACGGAGCUAUAAGGCUGUCGGCAGCAUCUGCAGACAUGUUUGUUUCUUCGAUCGGACUUAUGAGCUCGAUUAUUUCAAAUGCCAUUAACCACCCCUGUUAAUUAGCCUGUCUCAAGGGUUUCAUAGGAAUUCUCUUAUACAGAGUAAUGAAGCACUCAUGUAUCAGUCGUAUGUUCUGAAAUAUGGAUCAUCAUCCAGGAUAUUUUUCUAUUUUCAUCACUUCAUUGAAUUCUGAGAUAACCAUGCAGUUUAGUUUGUAGGGUACAUGGAAUAAGGAGUGAUAUUAUAAUUGAUCAUAAAAUGAUUGAUAUUUGUCUUUUCUGUAAAACCACACUUUAAAGAAUACAUGAACUGUCAAGCAUGUUUAUUGUCAUUGCUGGCGUUCAAGAGACUGGCGAUUGUCCCUGUCAGUGCUGAUCCUCACGGGAGAACUGAACCACAUUUUUAUGAAGCACAUGCACCAGUUCUAUUCUGAUAUUAAUAACCAGCUGUCAUCACUAACCAGUCACCUGCACUUUGAUCAAACAGGACUUCAGUCGGCUGCUCUCCCCUGCAGAAAGCCUGGCUCUGCUCUCAGUCAGGACGGGUUCCAACAUUCGUCUUCUUUCGACUUUAAUGAUGUUAAUUUGUGUUUGGCGGGAUAAAAUGAAAAGCUGUGUUGUUGUUAGUGCUCUGAGUGUUGUUUUCAUUUAUUGUGUGAUGGUGUGGGCGUCUGAAGCCCACAGAGAGUGCAGUAGUGAUUAAGGGUUAUGCAAAUAAACUUGACUUAUAGCAAGAAGCUGCAUUUAAAACACACACGGUUUUUAUCAUCACUGUAUGGGCUCUGGUUCCUGGAAAGCACAGCAGUAAGUCUCUGUGGAGGGUUGUAGGAAGUCUGUUUUUAAUGAGAGGGGAAAACAUGCAUGCUUACGUGUUCUCACUCUUUAUUUUAGCAGCAUUGUCUUUUUGUCACACGCUGAGCUCGCCAUCUGCCGCUCUGCAGCACCGUCCACGUCCUUAAAAAGUCAUCGCUGUAUUUUUAAUUAUCAGGGUUUAAUCGGCUCUUCUCUUAAGGGAGAAGAAAGGUUAUUAGAAAAUGAGCCCACACAGAGAAUAUCUAUUAAAACUGCAGCACAGACUGUACCCAGGUAGAUGAUCUACAGGGCCUGAUGUGACAGGCUCCAGGUUUUACUGUUUUUAAAGCGGAAAUUCAAUCAUGCUUUGAUUUAAUCAUUUUUAAAGACUUCACUUUUACUCACAUUUCUCAUCCUGAAGAUUUUAUAAAGGAACAAAACUGAACAGAGUGAGAACCACAGGAUGCUUUUGUAAAUGUGUUAUUAGUUGUUUCAGAUACAGAGCUUUAGCUGCAGUUUGUUUCCUUUUUAAAGCUGCUAAAAGGAACUUUUGGGUUUGUGCUGGUUCUGGUGCCCCCUGUGAACAAAUAAAAUCUGUAGUCUUGAACACUUAAAAGUAGUUUUUUAGACAAAUACGUGAUCCUGUUGUUUUUUACCUUUUGAAAUUUUACACUUGAUGCAAGUAUUUACCCUGGUUAAAGCUUUUCCCUCAGUCUGCUGUUAAUCGGCCGGUCUCACACCUGCCCCCUUAUAGACUUUUGAGACAUCAACAUUUAUAAGUAACACUUCAGCCAGGUCUCAUUUGCUUAUAAAGGUCAUAAAGAGGGACCAGUAUCAGUUCCAGGGAAAAACUCCUGAGGCUGCCUUUAAAAGGUGCAUGGCACACAGUCUUAAGUUGAUUCAAAAAGUUUCAAACCUUUUUUGAGUCAUGACAAGGUGCACACUUUUGGUCCAGUGUUUGUUAUUUGAUGAAGAGGGUCAUAUUGAGUCCCCUGAGUGAAACGCCACAUUCCCUUAAGAAUAGAAGUCUCAAAGGUUCACCUGGUUCACCUAACCUGUGCCUGCUGUGGUGCUGUUUAGGGGCCAGGAUUUAGCUGAAUGAGGAGGAUUGAAAAGAAGACACCAUUGAUUUCAACAUGGGUACAAGGAUCCUGUUUUUUAGACUUAGUAAAGGUUCAGUUAUUUAAAGGAGUUGAGGACGUCACUCAGAGUUGAACAGAAAUCACUGUUUAGUUGCUGCUGCCCCACUUUUGGCUUGUUUCCAUUAAAUGCUUUAAACUUCCUGUUUGUAAAGAAACUGUUCUUGAGUAGCACAAAUAACAGGUUAAAAUUUAUAUGCUUUUGCGUUAAUAGCCCUGUAUUGUAUUGGCCCACAGCUCAGAUUUACCCUGAAAGAGGUCAUUUUCCUCCUCAGACAUCAGUUUGAAGCAGAUCAUCAGAGCUGCACCAACACAACGUCUCCUCAGAAACAGCUCUGUCUUUGCUCUCUGCGGUGAGAAAAAUCUUGUUAGCAUUCAUGUGUUGUGUUUUAGUCUGUCACUUGAAGCAGCAUCCUCCUUUAUCAAGCGGUUUUAAACACUUUGAAGUUCUGCUGUUCGGGGAGUUUUUGUUCCAGAUUAGGAAGCAGUGGGAGAGAUGAGCUUUCAAAGACAGGAAUCUGAGCACUGGAGCCGUCUGUUACAGUUCUGUAUUGAUCAACCUCAUUUUUUCGUCUGCACAGUUUCCCUCUGUGUGUUUCACUGCAGGCUAAAUUAGAGCUGCAGCAACAUUGAAAACCAGGUCAAGGUGACAGGGAAUCUCAGACGCUCAGGUCAAUCCCUCAGCCCCCUUGGGACAUUCACUCUGCUCCUCCAGCACCACAAGUUUGACCACACGCUCAGGAUCAGCUCAUUAGCAUUCAGUCGUGCAGGCGCAGCAGAGCAGCUUCUCCUAAUGUGUUUAAUAGUGAGAAUAUAUUCUGCCUAAUUAAAUUAAUGUGUUGCUGGAUAACGCUGAAAGGAUUUCACAGCAGCUCCAGGAUCAGAAGGGUUCAUGGAAACAGAGUAAAAACCCAGUAUUGUUGGAGGACACUUCAUUUGUGAUCAGAACGAGGGAAUAGAUGAAAAUAUCAGACUUUAAAGAUGGAGCAUCUGUUCAGGAAAAUUCACCAAAGGAGGAAAUAUUACUGAAACACUUAAAUACAGAGACCAUGUUCACCUGUAUCACAUGGACUGGCACUGAUGCUGAUCUGCUCUGGACCAGUUUUUGCUGCUGCUCUCCUUCCCUCCUCGGCUUUUGUAUUUCACAUUUAGACUUAGAAAGGCAGGAAGCUCUCAGAACAGAACCCAGCGAUCUUUGCUGCUGCUCCUUCUAUAGAUACCACCAAAUGUGACUGACUGCAGUUAAUAAACGACUUUCUGUGAUGACAGUGGUCCAGACUGAACUGAUGGAGACGUCAGGAAUAUUUGUGAUAACUAUAGCUGUGAAAUGUGAAGCACAAAGGAAGGAGCUCUGACCUUCAGGAUUACAAUGUUCGCUUCCAUGAUGCAGCUGAACAUUUCAGAGCAUGCAACUGAUGUUGAAUCAGAGCAGCUCAGAGUAAGUUUUAAAUCCUGAAUCACGUACAAACAGUAGAAACACAAAGGUUAGGGGAGCAUGCGCACAGAUGAAGUCCGGAGUGUCUGUGAGUGAGAGAAGAAUGAACUGAAGAUGGGAGUGCGUUCCUUUUCAUCACUUCUGUUUUUUCUUCCACAGAGAGACUCUCGCCAUCAACAGCUGAGAGACGCCUGACUGCAUGA